AUGAAACAUUCAAGACAGAUAAUUUCCAUAACGAAUGCUGCCGUGGAUGCAUUGACUGGUGCAAGAGAUGACGAUAAACUCGAGAGAGUGGCACUAAGUACUGAAUCAGUAUCACAAACUCGAAGCAACAUUGGCUCUUCAGUGAUCCCUGCAAAUCGCCAAAGCUCUCAAAGACGCUCGAAUUAUGUUGAAAUUUCAUGUCCUGCAGAUGAUAGAUAUCCUGAGGCCGUACAAGAAAAUUUUUCUCCAUCACUUGCUGAAUUGUCUUUUAAUGGUACUCAGAGAGUCAGAUUACCUUCAAGACUGCUUCGCGAAAUAAAAUCCCCAUUAGAAUGGAGUUCUCCAUCAGCUGAACCCAAGGAUGUCGCGGGUGAAGUUAACGUCGGUAGGUUUGCCAGUUUGUCUCCAUGCUAGGCCCUGUGCUGAUCUCCACCUCCUUAAUUGUACCCUGGAGAUACAGCUAAUGGACAAUCCAGGGUAGAGGGUCUCAAUGGGGUGGUGGCUUUUACGGUUAUCGGCUAAAAUUUUGGCUCUUUUACGGGUAUCGGUUAAAUUUUUUCAGUUACGGUUAACGAAAAAGUUAAAAAUUAACUUCUUUUGUUUCAAAAAGUUAAAUAUUAAUUAACCUCUAUUUUUUUGUAUCUUUAAAUCAAAAUAAAGGUCUUCGGAUCAUCUCAGGAUGAAAUAAGCUAUUCUUUUGAAAAAUUUUAAUAUUUGAUAGAUUGUACUUUUUAUAAAGUAUUGCACUUCUGAUAUUAUUUUACACAUAGAAAUGUCAAUAGUGAAUUUAAAAAUAAUCUUUGUGAAAAAGCAAAAGCAGACACGCGAACGCCCAACUCAAGGCCGGGGCGCGACAUUCAUUAUAACAGAAAUGGCCGUUUUCACACUAGAGAGGGAUUAUUCGUGUGAGAUGGGUGAUCCGUUUGAUGAUUUGCGUCAGAUAGGUGAUACGUCUUAAUUUGGCAAUGGAAUAGUUUUAAUUUUUAAUAAACAAUCCGCCUGACUUUUGAAGACACGAUUAUCCGUUCCAGGUAGCCUGUGUACAGCCGCCCCCUCCCCUCAGAAAAAAAUCGGAGAAGGGGUGUCUGUGGGGAGGGCGCGACUGUACACAGGCUAGUCUCAGACGGAUGAUCCAUUUCUAGGUCUAGUGUGAAAACGGCCAACAACAAAAUUCCAGUGUCCAGUGUUUUUAAUGAUAGCGAAGGACUGUACGGAACGACUGUCUUGCCGUUGCCUUGUCCGUAGGCCGCAUUAUCCCGUGCGGCUGAUGCCUUUUGGGUCAUGUGGUCCGAGCGAGUUCGCCACUGAAAUGCCUUGACCGAGAUUGCAUGGGAAGACGCCGAACAGGGACUAGGCAUGGCGAUGUCUACCGUAGCGUCCGAGAAAAACAGGGAAAUGUUGUUUAUCGGCAACGUGUUUUACAAACAGUGACAUCUCUGCGUGUUGUUUCACUAGUGUUUUGAGGGCACGGCCUCCUGAAAAUUGCAAAUAUUAAUCCCCAGCAAGAAGCCACACUUUCACUGUGGAAAAAAUUAGUUCCCCAAGAAAGUGCCAGAAAUGGAGCCUAGGUCUUGGUUAACACCUAAAAGGCGCUUCGCCUAACGUGCGUAUGGAGUCACACUAGCCGGGAAAUAAAAAAUGCAACCAUAAGUGAGUUUAGUACCUUCCUUAAAAGUAGUAAAUCUAGGGAACACUUUCUUUUACGGUUAACUCUUUUGUACGCUAUUUACGGCUACCUGUUAAAUUUUUUUAAUUUUUACGGCUAUCGGCUAAAUUUUUGGCCGUUUUACGCCUAUCGAUUAACCCCAUUGAGACCCUCAGAGUAGGCUAUGUACAGUGGAAGCUCUCUUUAUGGACACUCGAGUAAGUAAACAGCUGUACUUACAGCUGCCGUCACAAAACCCCAUUUCAACUCCUAUACAAACUCUGUAUUUUUACAUUACUGUAAGUAUACAAUAAUUAUUUCUGUAGGCUUGGGUUAUUUAACCCAUUCGCCCCCGAACUGCCUGCAACCACUUGUGUGGAUCCACAACCCUUCUACCGCCUUUGACAUUAUCAGUGUUAACGGUCAAUGACAACUUUGUCAGUUAACUGCAGCAGGAUGAAGAGAUGUUUCAAACUGUGCCAGAAUAAGCACAAUUUGGUCUAGGAGGCCAGAUGAAAAGACAAAAAAACCACAUAAAAUUAAUGUUGUCCUGAAAAUACUCAUGAAAAUCAUAUUCCACUACCCACCUGUACCUUUCCUUUCAUUUAAUCCUAAGGUCACUAAAAGCUUUCCCAAAAACUUUUCCCUCCAAAAUGAAUCUUACUAAGUACUGUAAACAGGGGUUUCAUUAAGCAUCGGAGAUCGGAGAACUCUCCGUCUACUACGCGUAAUUCUCUGGCUAAAUUUCAAUGAAGUAUGGCUAUUUUUUAUUCAGGUGAAUCAGAUGUGGAUACAUUAUGUUAUGUACAAAGAAAUUGUCCCCAGAAAUGUGUGAUUUUAGCGCCUAGCCACUUGCUUUACUUUCCUAAAUAAAUAACAAAUACACAAAAGACCUUAUUUAAAUGCUAGCAGUUUUAAGCCCAACAAAAAUAACAAGGGACGCAUCAUAUAUUAGACGGUUUGCUAAAGCGUGGAGAGUUGACUGUAUGUUCGAUGCUUUUUUAUUUACAUGCGAAAAAUUAUUAAAUGAAUAAAUACUAAUGAAACAAAAAGUGAAAGUACAUGAUGAACAAAUCAUAGUAGCAAAGUUACGUCAAGAAAUGUUUAAGCGAUAAGAAUUAAGUACCUUUAUAAAUGAGAAGAAUGAGUUCUUUUUGAACUGCUAUGGAAAUAAAUUUGGCGGUUUUGACAGUAUGUAAAUGACACAGAAUCAAUUUUUACUAUGAAGCAAAUGCAAAUUUUGAGAUUUUCUUAUUUUAACGAUGACUUCUAAAACGGCACAUUAUGAAUUGUAACUGCAGAGCAGCUGAAACAUAUUCAUCGAUACUUGACAAAUUGUCUAUUAUACUGGACAUGCAAAGUUUUGCGCUGAGAGCGAAUAUUUGUUUAAAUGUGUUCCGCCUAGCGCAAGCACAUGUUCGCUGGCAGAGGCAGGAAAAGUUUCUCACGUCUCAUACUUUCACUGUAUAAAACAUCCUAAAAAUAUUGAAUAGAAGUUAAAGCGUAUUGAGAAUUAUUUUAUUUUCACUCUUAUGGUAGCCACAUGUCACAACUCUAGGAGGGUGCAACAGGGUUAGAAGUUGAUCAUAAUUUACCAAUAUGCCUGUUAAUUCAAAGAAAAAAUGUUUUGAAACCAAGUAGAGGUAAAUGUAUGCAGCGUUUUUUUUUCCGCAGCUACGAGAAAAAAACUUUGCUAUCAGACAAUAGGAAAAGCCAUCUCAGCAGGGUUUAAUACACAAAAUUUCCAGGCUUGUUUUCAAGCUCUUUCUGGGAAAGGGGGAAAGGGCUUUGCUCUUUCAAAAUAUUCUCCUGUUACUUUUCACUAUUCUCCUGCUACUGCAAUUCUUAAUGAAACCCGUGUGUAAAAGAAAAAAGAAUGAGGAAAAAAAGAAAAAAGAAUGAGGCAAGAAAAGUAAAAGAAAAGGGGAGUAGAGUAAAAGUCAAGGCUCAAACUUUUGCUUUCUGUACAUGGCCAAACUUUGGAAGCUAACAUUAUUCAUCUGGAUCAGAGAGCCGUCAAGUGCACGUCCUGUAAAUGGCUUUGUGGUACAUGUAAUUUUUAGCUCUUUAUAGCUAGACAGUGACCAGAAUUUGGCUUGACUAGCUUUAAAAUAUCUUUUUCGGCAAAGUUCCCAGGGGUGAAGGGGCUAAGGAAAUCUCUGUAAGACAGCAUUGAAGUUCAAACAAUUUCAUGGUAGGCCAGCAGCAAUUGGUGUCUUGAAAACCAAGACGUAAAAUCUUGAAAAAAACUGUGUGAAAACAGCAUCUCCAUUUUUUAAAAUUAAAGCUGCUUUUCUGAUCAAAGAGUGAGGUAAAAAUGGUCAAACUGGGUCAAUUUUAGCCAUUUUGAAAUACUGAACUCUUCCACACUACUCGCACAAAAGGUAGACAAAGUUGUCAAGUAUGGAAUGUUUCAGCUGGAUGGUUGAAAUCAGAGCAAUCUUUGGCACAAAUUGAGGACAGUAGUCAACCUCGUUUCAGGGGCUGAGUAGGAGAGGACCGUGGGAAUGAGGUUGGAUGGUAGUUAAUUUAAUCGCACCAGUUGAUGGAUCUUGUUGUUCAUUCUGAACAUUUUGAUGGGGCAACAUUGUAACUCUCCACAUGAAAAAAAAAGCAGUGUCCAAUAGAUAGGGGCAAGUGCCAAGUGGAGUAUCAGUGUGCAAAGAAAGUCGUGUCGGAUAGCCCAGAGCUAGUGGCUUUUUAUUGGGCUAGUGAAUUCUGUUCUUAACUUGCCCAAUGGGCAAGUGAAGUAUUCUGGGGGAAUUCAAAUCACAGAGGAACUGUAAGCAAUCCUGCUCAUCAAAACUUUUUUCAGGCUAUUUUUUGCAUGUUCAAGCAAUUUUUGUUCCUGUGUUUUUUUAUCACCUUAAAGAAACUAAAGAUUUCCUCUUGGACAGCACCCCAGGGUUGUUGCUAAGCGCUGGCUGCCAGGGAAAUUAGCUGGCUGAGUCAGAGGCCAUUGCUGGCUAGAUUUUGACUGGUGAUCAGCAUGAAACAGAGGGAAACAGCCAUACCUUCCCCAAUGUCGGCAAAGAAGGCACCAUGCAGUCCUCUUUUUGUCUCCUCCAUUUUCUCUUUAGCUGCCAGGCAAUUUCCUUAGUUACAACCCUGGCGCCCAUGUGGACUUUAUUGUAGUUUUUGGGCACAAACCAGUUAGCUCAAUUGGAUAAGCACCAGUCUGCUGCCAAACAAGAGGCGCCUGGUUCAAACCCAGCCAGCCUCAACAGUACUCAGCCUUUGUAAUAAUAAAAUUAGACUUUCAAGUCUUCUCAGAUAAGGACGACAAACUGUAAGCCUUGUUUGCAGGCCUUGCACUUAUAAUGAUAAUUCUGUGGGAUGUCAGAGAACCUGUACUUUUACUAAUUUAGUACAUCAGGUACAUUUAUUAGAUGAAAGAUAAUUCACAACUGUACAUGAUGCUUGAAAGCUUUUCUUACUAAACAAUAAUUAGAUUUUUUUACUUGAGUGUUUUUAUCUUUAAGCUGACAGUCACAAAAGAACCACUCCAGUCAAAGUAAUUAGGCAUGUAAAUGCUACUCCAUCAGCAUGGAUUCUAUCCAAGCAAGAUGCUUCAUCAAAUGAUGCAGAGUCUCACAGAAAACCUUUAUAUGAUGAUCAAAAAAGUAGAAUUACAGAGGACUGUUCAGAGAAAUCAAGCAAUGGAAGUGGUAGACAAGUGUCUGAAGGUCCAGAUAAAGAUUUUGAUAACGAAACUCCUGAAGUUAUUCAUAAUGGAAAACAGGUAAUAUAGUACACAAUACUGUAUUAAAAAUUAUUAUUUAUUGGCACUAGUAAAUAGUAGUUGUAGUGGCAGUGGUAGUGGUGGUAACCUGCAUAGUAAGGGUUUCUGUGCGAAUUUGUUGAGAAAGUUAGCCUGAAAUUCAUCCGAUUGCUUCGAGUCGUUUUCUCCUCUCAACAACGUCUGAAUCGACCGGCCGUUAAUGCCGUCCGAGUGACGUCACUCGCUACCCGAAAACCGGGUAGUGUUUUUGAUUGGUUGAUUGUCUAAACAUUCGCAUAAAUGAUAAUUAUGUAUAAUUAUGAAAAAUUUUAGCGGGAUUGUCGCUUGAUAUUUAGCGUAUCGCAUCCCCGGUAUUAUUUCGUGUUGUUCAAACAUUUCGAUAAGCUUACCUACAGGUAAACUUUAUCUUAAACAGCAAAAUUGCCGUUGUCUUCGAAACUGAAUGCUAAAUUGAGCUGCAAAUGAAGAAUCAUUGCGGAGAGUCGGUAGAUUUUUUAUUUGGAGCCGCUUUGUGGUUUCAGCGGCCGGUGAUUUUGUUUAUGCAAAGUUGUCUGAGUUUAAUAUUAUAAUUUGACCUUUUUGCUAUUUUUACCGUCAAGUGUAAUGAUUCUGCUAGUUUUCUUCCUUGUUUCCUUGUUUUUUUCUUCGUUAAGGACCAAACAGCUUCUUUUCAAUUAAAGCAAAUCAUUGUGUUUUUGAACUAAGUGUUCCGUGUGUGUGUUUAUUUCAUUGCGUGAUUGCGACCGAGUUUGAUUCAGAUUAUAGAAUUCAGUACAACCAGUUCAGAGUUGUACUGCAUGCAGUUGAUAGUUUGAAUGUUAAACAUGAACUACGAUUGAAAAAAAUAAAGCAAUUCUGUAUCAUGCAGACAUUUCCAAACGAUAUUUCUCGGUUUGCCACUUGAAAAUCGUGUUUUACUUUUUGCAUGAAUUAAAGCAAAGGUCAAGGAGUAGUGAGUCACUGGAUGGCAUUAACGGUCGGUCGAUUGAGAUGUUACUGAGGGAGUAAUAACGACUCGAAGUAAUCGGAUGAAAUUCAGGCUAUGAGAAAGGUGGAAUGAGUGGAAAAAUGGUGUGUGCAGUUCAAUCAUACAUUGUCUAAGUUAUUGACAGCAUGUAUAACAGAAGAUUACCAGAUGUUAAAAAUUUACUUCCUUGAAAAGCAAAACCUGCUCCACUAUAAACAUGAGUACAGAAAACUAUAGUUUAUUACAGUGCAAGUGUUAUUAUUAAAAGCAGCCUUGUGUCGUUGACAUCCAGAAAGGUGGAAGCAGUGAGCAAUUCAGUGUAGCUGCAGAAUUUGCCAUUGUAAUUUUGUAAAGUUUAAUUUAAAACACCUUAACCAGGAAAAUCAUGCUUUGCUUCAUCGAAAAAUGCAAAGAAAUGAAUUUUGUUUGAAGCAAUUUGCGGAGUGGUUGAAGUGGAAGUUGUUGAAAGCUUCUGAGUAUGUUGAAUACCAAGCCUUCAUGUUCAAGCAUACAUGGGUUUACAGCAUAUAUUCCUCUUGAAUGUCAUAAAAAUCUAUUGCAGUGUUCUGUUCUACUUGGCAUUGCAGUGAUUUGCCAUGCUCAAAUGCAAAGUUUUUGCAGUAUAAGCUCACAGUGAUGUGAUCCAGGAUUAUUAUCAUCCAUCAGAUUAAGGUUGUUUCAUGCAAUAUUGGUCUGAAAUCAAAUCAUACCUUCAGUGUAUUUUUUAUUGGAAAUUGAACUUACACUUUGUGCUCAUUCAGUUUUGAAAACAGUGUAUAACCAAAUUGUACACCUGACCACUCAACUUAUAAAUCUGGUAUUAUUUUUAGCCUCAGUAACUACAGUACUCACUGUAUUUGUUUUUCUUUUUUUGUUGUUUUACAAUUAUUUUGAGUGAAGAAUUUAGCUAUUAAAAGUUUACAUCAAGGACAACCACAUAGUGGAGCUCCAGUCUUUAAUUCAAGACAAGAAAAUGCUGGUAUGUAAACCAUAAAUGUGAUUCCAGGGUUUGAGCCUGGUUGCACCAUUGUGCCAAUCCCGCAAUAAAAUUUAAAAUGUCCCACCAGAAAACGAUUGAGGGGUCAUUUUGUUACCUCCAGCAUCUAGAAAAAGACCCGAAAAAAUUACAAUUCAGUGCAGUGAAUUGUAUAUAACAAGCAGAGCGCAAAUCGUGAAAAACAAAGUCUGCAAAAUGUUGAAAAGUGUGGCCAAAUUAUCAAAGUUUCCACUGGAAUUUUCGUUUGAAGCAUGUUGUGUGCUAGGUCAUGUUUCCAUCAUGGUCUAGUGAACAUGCCACAUGCUUAGCCAAGCAUGAAGCUGCGAAGCAUGUAGUCUGGUGAUUUCUUUCCAGAAAUGUCUGAACCAACAUGAAAGUGUGCUUGAGCAGGAGAGAGUUCUUUUGCUUCUAGUGGAAGCCCCUCAUAUAAGAUGUUCAACAACUAAGUAAUGAAACUGAAUUGUUACUACUUGAUGAUUUGCAGUGAAAUGUUGCAACAACAACAAAUAUGGUAAACUGAUAAAUAUGGCACAACAAAGUUGUUGGUCUUGUUCUUUUACAAAAAUAUAAUAGUCACAUUCUUUUAUUUAGUGGUCACUAUCAGCUGCUGGUUGUAAGAGAAUCAUAACCUUAACAGAGAAAGAUGAAAAGAGGCAUGCCACCUUAGUUAUGAUCAUUCUCUUGCAGCAGGCAAUGAGUCUGGCACAAAACUCAUGUAUGAAUAAAAGAUUGCUUAAACAAUGCAUAGCACUCUAAUGUAUAAACCAGGAGAGUCUGUUUAACAAAAAAAAAAUACAGGCUUGAAAAGUGAAUUAUUGCAAGAUUCCUGCUUGUUUCAAUGGCCAUAGUCUUGUCCAAAAUACUCUAACAGUCAUGCAGUUUAUGAAAAAAACUAUACAUUCAUGUGCUUUUCUUAAUUUUUUUUUACUUUGUAGGUGAUGUAAAAAUAAAACAGUUUGCUUUAAGUGACAAGGAAAAAGUUAUAAAAGAUCAGUUCUUGAAAAGGUAAAUGUGUUCAUUGUGACAGAAUAAUAUUGAUUUACAAUACAUUUUAUUUGUGAAGACUAGACACAAUGCAAGCUGGAAGGCAUUUACCAUACUGUAUAUAUUAUACAUGUACCUUGGGUACAUUUAAUAAACGUUGUGCCUUGUGGAUUCUACUGGACAGGUCUACUUUGCAUUUGUGGAUUAAAAUGGCUUUUACAUAAGUAUCAGUCAGGGCUUCUGAUGUUUCGCGUGGUCGUAGAGCCACAAAAUUCAGGUAAAUCCACAAAAUCCCCACAAAAUCCACAAAAACACAAAAAUACAGCAAAAAUCGUAGCAUUUGAAACUUAUUUCAGCUAUUGGGGCUUUUUAAUUGCUGUAAACAUGCAAAUUUAAUUAUCUUGAAACUGCAUCAAUGCAACAAGCAAACAACCUCCCAAUUACUACCAGGCAAAGAUUAUGUUGUAAAUAACUGGGCGCCUUUUUUUUAUAAUCAACUGCUCUUUCAACAACAAUGUGCUUGACAAAUGAGCCCAUGGCAAAGCUUUUGAGCCCAUUUCUCAAGCGCAUUGUUGUUGAAAGAGCAAAUGAUUAUCUCUGUUAAAAAAGUUAAAAACGCUUGUCAAAUUUGAUCUCUAGUGAAAUUUGCCCACAUUCCCUCGAAAUCGACCAUUUUUUACUGAUUGUUGUUCGGUGAAGUUUGCCCUGAAAAUUCCUGCAAAAUCGGGCAGUUUUUGCAUGAACUUGUCUCUGAAAAUCCUGCAAAAUUUCACUUUUUUCCGAGACCUAUCAGAAGCCCUGAUUAUUUUAUAACUUUCCAGACUUCUCCCAACCCAUUGAGUUUUUAUUUUAGAAAAAAAUAGAAAAACACAAACACAUUUAUGCUUUAAAUGUCAGCCGAAGUGAAAACAAAUUUAAUAAUGCAUGUUGGUACAGAUUUUUGGGGUUUGAAAUGUCAAGGUUUAUGGCUGAAUGAAGUGAAUCGUAAUUGCUUGAUCAGUGUGUACUUUGUUUACCCUUGAUGACUUGAACCCUUGCAACCUCGAACCUUGCGCUAACUAGAACCAAAGUUGAUUUCCCCUGGAUUUUUUUUACACAUUUACUGUAAUUUUAUCCUUGGUAACUCAAAGUAAUUUUUGCUUCCCUGCAGAUCAUUUUCAUUUUUUAACCCCCAAUAACUGGAACAAUGUUUUAAGUGUGUGACAAGUUGAAAAAAAAAAUGUUCUGUAGUCUGAAACAUUUAAUUUAUUUCAUAACAACUGUGUAUUCUGUCUUUAAUUUUUGGUCGGUCCAGUUCAAAUACAGUGUCCAGCCCUGUAUAAAAUUGUUAUUCAAGCUUUGUUGCUUUAAUUCCUUUUCCAGAAUAUCAAUUUAUUUCUUGCUGCCCUUGAAGUGACAUGUGCACAUGAUAUACUUUGCAUUCCUUCACCAUCCCAUUUGCUCAUUUCUUGAUUCUCAAUUAUUUUCUUUGAAAUCCCAAAAAUUUGAACUCCUUAUAUAUGUGACUUGAACUUCUUUUGAUUUCCCUACAAGAAGGUUUGAAUUAUUAGGAGGCGACUGUUCUUUCAUGCAAAUGCACUACUCAACCAAUCAGAGCAUAUGUACUGUCUUUAUUUAGUUAGUUAUUUUUUAAGUUAGGUAUGUUAUGAUUAAAGGCAUUAUUAUUUUAAUCUAACUUUCUUGAUACAAUAUAACAAAUAAGCUGAACACAGCUCUACUUUAUCAAGGAAUUUGAUGGUUUAAUAACAAGUACUACUCUUCAAUAUUAUUAUUUUAAAGUAAUGAAGAUACUGUGUGUGCUCUAGUUUUGAGCUGUAUGUACCCAUUUCUUCAAAAGGUUGAAACUUAAAGAAUCUUUAUAACAUACUGUAUCAAAGCAUAAUACAUUAAUUAUAUUAUUAUUGAUAUGCAUUUUUAGAAGAGCUCUCUUGUCCGUAAAGCGCAUGCAGUGCAGCACCAUGGGUAAAAACAUUGGUUAUUUAUGCAUCCAAGAAAUUUUAGCCUUUUGACAAAAUUGGCCGCAUGCAUGUACGUCCACUCCUUCAUGUAAGCUGGAGUGAAAUUCUCCUUUCAAGAUCCUGAGUACUUUGGUGGUAAAUCGCAUGGCCCAACGGACUUUUCAAGAAAAAACAACAGCAAAGCCGAGUCUUUGUUUGAACUAAAUCCUUAUCAGCAAACAGAUUUGCAUCUUUUUUUCAGGAAUACAUGUAUAUCAAACAGCUCAAUUCGAAUUUGAAAUGGCAUAAUUAUGGAACUGGGAGAAAUACUGGAAUAUUUCUAUACUGGGCCCUCAUUUAAUGUAGAGAGCGGUUAUUUGCAUCUCCAACUCAAAUCUAAUUAGCAGCAGGGUAUUUUUGAAAGGACUAAAAGUUAUUUUGCAAGCAAAGGUGAUAGAAAACUUUUUUGUGUUUGCAUAGCCUGGUAGUUAAACACUGGAGGUGUUGGGAAUCAGAAUUCUAAAGCCUCAAGUUUGUCUGAGGGUUGCAUAUUAAUUGUUUGCCAUUAUAUUAAUUGUUAAUAACUCACCAGAAUUAAAAGCAAAUUUGGUAGCUGGCUCAAUUCAAUAGUUUUAGCAGCAGGAGACUGGAGCCGGAUAAGAAGGAAAGAACUGAACGCAAUGAACACAUCAGAAUGCAAAAAUGUGCUAACCUUACUAUAAUUAUUUGUCUUUGCUUCAAUUCUGAUUGGGUUAAACAUCAAAUUUUGUGAAGUCUUCGCAAAGUAGCGCGUACAUUAAUCCCUUCGUUUUCUAACAAACUUCCUUAUAACAAAUCUCGUCUGAAUCUAAGUAACACAGAAAUCCCAUGUAAUUAAUAUAUAAUAUUGUAAACUUUCUUGGCUAUUAUUUUCAACUCUAACUUAUGACUGGUCGAAAUCUUUUAACACCCCUUAAAAACGGAGUUUUAAAAUACAUUUUAUUUGAUAAACUGCCUUUAGUAGGUUUAUGCAUCCUCUGUGUGAAAUGAAAACAUUCCUAUGUGAGGAUCACAUUUGUCUUAAUCAAAUCAUUAUUUACAACUAAGAGCAAUAACAACGGUGUCAGCUACCAAAAUGUCCCUUAAAAAGAGAAUUCACUCUGCUUCAAACUUUUUACCAUGCUAAUAUUCCAUCUUGUUUUGUAGGUCGUCAAAUGUUGGCAAACUUUUCUGGGGUUGAAUUUUAUACUAACAAGAACGCUCUUAGUAGUGUUGAGUCUGGCUUGCUUGGAGAUAAGUUUUGUUGUUAAAGGCGCCGGUGCUGUUAUACUACUUUUUUGUUUGGAAUACAAAACGAGUGUUACGUGUCAUAAGGUUAAUACUCAAAAAAUAAAAAAAUUGCAAGGAGAGACAGGCUGCACAACUUAACCUCAAACUGGUGUGAAACCUUUGAAAACCUUCUACAUAUCGAUAUUGCUCCACUGAGGAGUACUCUUUCAGGGAUUUUACACUCAAAAAAUUGAACGAUGGUUUUUAUCGGUAUCAGGGGUCCAUGACUCUUUCAGUAUAAAUAUACAUAGCUUCUUUGUACUGGACAAAAUUAUGGCUUGGUACAGCAUAUAUGUUCAGCACAGGAAAAAUGUGUAAGUUUAACAGAACCUCGUACAACACACAGUUAAUUCAGUUCGCGCGUAUUCCUGCUCAAUUUGUUGUCCGUUUUAUAAGAUAUCAAUACCGCGUGAAAGUAAUUACAUUUUCCGUAGCUGCUUAGUAUCGUCUUUUAAUAUCUCAGUACAGUGUCAGAGUACAAUGUUUAGAGUUGUACAUAGCAUGCAUUUUAGAUAGAUAGAUAGAUAAGAACUUUAUUUUAGCACUACAAAAAGAUCAACAUUGCUGGUGGGGUGCAUACAACAAUAAAUUACAAGAAAAAUAAAGAGUACUGAAAGCAAAUGUACUAUUAAAAAUUAAAAACUGUUAAAGUUUUUUCUUUUAUUACAGUAUCACUGGGAUAAAGCAUUUCAUUUUCCAGGGAAAUUUCACUUUCUCGUCAAAACAAUCACUGACUCAGACAGACUCAGAUUAGUUUACUUGAAUUUAGCAUUCAGUACAGCGAACGGGGUUAUGUUCUGUGAAAUUUAUCUACAGUCUGCGGCUCACAUCACCACUGGUCCACCAUUUAUUUAUUCAUUUCUUUUUCAAGUUCAUUUUCAAGUUCUUAAAAGAUCCUCGAUCCCUAAUUCCUCGAUCUUCGAUCCUCAAUCCUCGAUCCUCGAUCCUCGAUCCUGGUUUUCCAGAAAACCUUGAAGUUUUGCUGAUUAAGAUUAUUCUUUUUUUUUCGACCACUGAAGUGAUCAGUAACUGUUGUUCCAAAAUAAUCAACCCUUUCAAGCGAUAGAAUUCUUGGACUAACCCGUUCCAGGAAAGCUCGAUAUGGGAUUUCUAUUCUAUGGACAUGAAGUGCUCCAAGUAUAGUGCGCGGAUAGUCAGGUUCAAAACUACCCGUAUAAACACAUCCGUGACACAUUUGUAACGUUAGGGUGGAUUUCCACUGACACGUUUUUGGCUCCGCAAGUUAAUGCAAGUAAAUUUUAAUGACAUAAUGAAAUGGAGCUAAGAUAUAAAGUGUUGAGAUUAAGUGUCAAGUUGAGCGAGUUUUUACUUUUUCGCUUACAUAAUUGUACAUGCGAACUUUCAUACAGUGCCUCUGUUUUAUUUGAGAACACAAAUUUUACGCACGUACGCACGUAAAAAUUAUGUGACAGUGGAUACUUUAUAUCUCAAGUAUUUAUAAAGUGCAACACGACUUCACAUGUUAACAAGUGUGAAAAUCUAUCAAUUAAAUAAAUAAAACAAAGUAAAUCUAUUUAACCGUAGAUUUCAGAAAGUAAUUGCAACAAUAUUCUGAGAAACGUGACACCUUAAAACACCACAAAAUAGGAUUUCCCCGCUAUAAUAUUUUCUCAUCCUACUUGGGGAUAUUUCCUUUUUAAUUAGUGCCUGCAUGUCGUGCAUAAUGACACGAAAAUCAAUCCAUCUGAGGAAAAUUACAUCAUUGCCAAACUUUCAGUCAUUGCCGAAAAUAUACCUCAUGCUCAUCAUGAGACUCAUUUGCGUACAGUGAAAGUCGCCGUGAUUCUUAUCCCCAGUUUCCAUGGUCUUCGCUAGGAACGCGUGGCCUACAAACUAGGUCCCACCGACAAAAAAGAAAGGACUGCAUUUUUAGAGUCUUGCUCUGCUAAAGUAAGCUCGACUAAUAUUUAAAAGAUUAUAUGAAAGUUCAGAAAAAGAAAAAUACUGUGGUUACAAGUCUUUGUGUUACUACGCUUUACUAGCAUUACUAGCUAGGUGUCCAAGGUAUAUACAGUCUGUGUUUAACUUGGUAGUGGACCUCCUUAUGGACAUCCAUGUUAUGGUCGAUUAACAGCUGUUAAAAAACCUCCUGGUAUCCACUGACCAGUGUCAUUCAUUGAGGUGACAUGUUUUUUAAGGUUAUCCACUGACCAGUGAUUGGUUUUAAUUGAUUGAAGGCUCAGGUCCAUAAUGAAAAGGCCAUAAUUAUAAUAAAUAACUUAUUAACCUCGUCUGUUAGGUCAUUCAGGGAAACCUAGCUCAGAAUCGGCCUUGAUGUAUUGACUGAGUGAUACAUCAAAGCCUUGGUCUGAGAUUCCCCUGUAAUGACCUUACUCUUGGUUAGUAAGUAGUAUAUAAAAUUAAAAAAGCGCUUCAAAUUACAAUAAUAAUAAUAAUAAUAUUAUUAUUAUUUUUAGUGAACACCAGGUCAUAAGUAGUGUCUUUGUUUUAAUGUUUUCUCACAAGCAAAACCUGAAAACUUCAGAUUAGUCACAUGAACACUGCAUAAUAUUGGGUGGGGUCAAAACAUUGCCAAUUUCAUUUGCUAACUUUCAAAGUUAAUUUAAUUUCAUUGGUCAAAAAUGACACUAUGAUAAUGGACUGUCAAUUAACAUUGAAAAGGUAAAACAUUACUAUGCACUAUUUUUGUCACACGUCAAAGGUGAAUGCAAAUGGGAGUAAUUGAAACAAGACGCUAUGUAGCGUACACUUCGGCGUCGUGGUUGUGGCACUGAUUAAUUGUAAAUGUGGAGGAAUAAAGAAAUGAAAUAUGGUAAGAGUAAGGUGUUGAUUUGUGAAAUUAUGGGAUUUGUCAGGGUAUUCCGAAAAGAGCAACAUCCAAGAGGCCUACUUGCCCAAAACGAGCAUUUCCUGACAAAAUUAAUUGUCUCUAAGAUAUUUUAAUUAGCUCAGUUAUGCUCUGAUGACUUGAUACAAAUCCUUCUAAAUUUGACUUGGGGCUAAAGGUCUAGACCUAAGUCAAAUAUGAGGUUACUGGCAGUGAAUAACAAGUCUAACAAAACAAACAGUGAAAAAAUAAUUCUCUAUCUUUCUUAGUCACAUCAGGCUUCAAAAAGAGCAUAGCAGUCUCAUGUACUGGUCAAAGAUAAUUGUAAGGCAUGGGUAAGGAGUCAAUUAUGUUGAGCAUGGAAUUGGCUAAAACUCAAUGUUACGAGUUCGAAUGUUUUGAGGAUAAUUAUUCACUGACUAUCAGCAUGCAGGGACGUCAGAUUAACACAAGGAAGUUUAAUAUCAGAGGAACAUAACCUUUACAGAGCUUUAAAACACAGCAUCCGCCAACACAAACUUGACUUGAAUUUAAGUAAAACUAAACAGCCUCUGCCAAUAAUAACAAACUCUCACUUGAACUUCAGAUAUCUUACAGCUUCCGCCAACUUGUAAACACAGAACUUGAAAAUCGACCUUUGUCACACUUGACUAAACACAGCAGUCCAGCUCUUGGGAAAAAAACUUAGUUCGUCAAAAGAAGUCGCUCGGAACUUGUAUACCGUUUGACAUGAGGUUCUUUAAAAUACCAAACAGGCGAAUAGUAGUAGCUUUUCGACAUAUUUUAUGAUUUCAGUAACUGAUGCAAAUCUGCUGACUUAUGCUAAAAUGUAAACAUGCCUUAAUUAAUUAUUCAUGAAUAAUCCAAAAACGUAGAGAACAUUCGAGAAAGUCACGCAACGCAUGAAAGCAAUUUUACUAUGUAACACUCACCAAAGACAGCACUUUGUGCAUCAUCUUGUAAAUUUAAAUUCAUCAUAAAACAGUUCGAAAGGGUCAAGGACUCACUCGUAAAAUGUUUUUCAACACUCGAAGAGAAAUUUCGUGUCUGCGUGGCCACGUAAUACCCUCUAUUUAUUCCUUGAGUAAAUUUAAGACUAAACUCGAAGUGAUCUCAAGAUAUCACGAAGUAGUCUAUGCAGUCUCAUUUCAUGAAAUAGCCGAAACAAGCCGAAAAGUCACGAACUUGUACGCCCAAUCUUGUCCUGAACUACCUUGGGUCGCAGUAGCACAGUUGGGUAAUCCCUCAACUUAUAGUCACUUCUGAUCUGAUGGGUCGCACAGAUGAGUUGGUUCAAAUCCCGGGAAAGCCAAAAUAAUAAUUCUUUCUUCCUCGAAAAAGUUAAAGAAUAAAUCAAAGAAAUCGAAGUGAUCUCGAGAUAUCUCGAACUAAUGCACCUCUCACUUCAUCAAAUAGCCGAAUAAAACCGAAAACCUACAGACUUUGCAUGCCCAAUCUUGUCAAAAAAAGUCAACUUUGAUACAUUCCUGAGCGUCGCGAAUACUUUACUUUGCACUUCGCCGAAGUAAUAAGGCUGGGUUAGUGCCUUAUGUGGGUACCUUUAUUGUCUGUCUCUGAAAGAAUAAUGAUUCUAAUUCUUGUUCCUUGAAAACAUCUUGAAUUCUUUAUUUCCAGCUUUCCAGCUUUGGAGUGUAAUGUUGCAAUUACUAUAGUGAUUUGAUUUAGCACCUGGGGCGCCUAUUUGCUUUUGGUACUGUGCACGACCUGAAAUGAUCCCCGACCCUAAAUGAUCCCCCAAUUUUUUUGCACGCAACCUGAAAUGAUCCCCGAGGAAUUAUUGGAAUGAAAUGGGAUGACGUUUAAUUCCCAAGGAUGCUAGAAUUUCUAGAAUAAAGUAAAUUAAAGAAUUUUUACUCAGAUUGUUUGAAGUGUUGAUGUAUUUAUAAAUUUUGGACAAUUUAUUAAAUAAUUAUAACUCCUUUUUAAUAAAUUUUGCAAGAAACUUUAGAGUUUAAAUUGGAGGUUGAAAUCAGUCGUGCAAAUAGCAUCUCGUUAGGCCUGGUUUAAAUGUCAAAUUUCACAUGUGCCGAGUCUGAUACCUAUUUGGCUCUACUUAAUAACGAAAUCUGCCAUUUUAGACAUCGAAUCAUGAGCGAGUUUUCAUAGAGUUGGGAAAAAAUUGAGAAUUGUGGGUUAUAAUAAAUUAAACAUGAUUUUAAAAUUCGAUUCGGCACAAAAGACAACGGUUGAACUUCUGUCGAGAUUUGACUGGCUCAGUCGAAGAUGCAACAGAAGUCGCAUUGUCAAAUUUAAUUUUAGUUAAGCGUCAAACUUCCUACGCAUUCAAUACCUUUAAAUUUGGCACAUGUGAAAUGUGAUGUUUAAACCGGGCCUUACUGUAACAAGUAACAGUCUUCACUUCCUGUUGGUACCCAUUAAGGUACGUAGUAUUCACAUAACCGUUUAUUUCUGUCAAUUCCGUCAAACUGAACUGAACUGUUACUGAACUGUAACAAUACGUAAUACAAAACUCUCUGCCUCUGUUAGGGAAAAAAGUGAGUAUAAAAACAACCAUGAAAUUAAUGGUAAACAAGAACAACUGAAUACAACAGCAAGGCGAUAAAAAACCUUAACCUGUUGGUUAACAUGCAGAUGCAGGAACUUUAAAACCUGAACCAUAUAAAAUAAUUCAGUAGAAAGAACAAAACUGUAAUAACAACAAUAAUUGGUACUGGUUAGAGCCAAGUGUGUAGCUUUCAAAAUAUGUUAUUGAUUAUAAAUCCAGAUGUAUGUUGGAUACGGUAAAUGCUUAACUGUGAUAAGGAAUUAAACUGGGUAGAAAGCCUUGCAGUCUAUCAACAAUUAUACAAUGAGUCUCCUCAUAGCUCCUUAGGGAUAGCAACACCCUUUGAAGUAUAUUAUGGCUAGGAGCCCAACAAAGGGGGGUGCUAAAUCAAAUCAUUACGGCAUUGUGAUUGAAUUUUUUGUAUUUUGCAUGUACAUGAUUUACAGACAAGACUUGAAAAAACCCACAAAAAAACUUGUACAGCCAACAGUAGUGUUACCAGAAGCUAGUAGAAGAAAAGAGACAGCUGAAGAAACUAGCAGAUCAGCUGACAAUCCUGUGGUGACAGCUGCAGCCAUUGCUGCGGCUGCAGCUUCUGCAGCAACUGGACCUUUCCUACAGGUAAACAUUAAGAAUACCACCAAACCACCCAAUAUGAAAUCAACUGAGCUCUAUACAAUUGUUGAAAGUAACAUUAAAUUGUGGUCUUUAAUUGGAUUAUUGAUUUAGGAUACAUCUAAUAAUGCACUGUUCAAAGAGGAUAGUUGUGGGCCUCAUUGUUGAUUAAUUUAGCAUUUUACAUCGGUCUAAAAGUUUUUUACCCCAUAAACAUUACUUUAAUUUCUGUUGACUCUAAACCAUCUUGACUGAGAAUAAUAGUUAUUGUGAGACUUAACUCCCCAGCUCCUCUUUGCUGGGUUGUCGUCCACAGAUUUUCCACAGUUUUUUUGUCCAGCGGUAAAUCCACGUGCAUCCACAGAUCUGCAUCGGGUUUGGGCGUGCAAAAUGGACGACGGUGAGUUUGAAUUUGUUUAACAUUUUAAUAAUCAUUUCAGUCCUUUUCGAUCCUUUCUUUCCUUUGCUUGCUAAGUGAAAAACGUUGUCAUUCUCUGUUUAUUCGGCUGUUUACAGAACCCGAUAGAGAGGAAGUCCAUUCUCAAAUGAUGUAAGUUAUUUUCAAACCACAGUUUGAGAUUGAAAAUUUUCACUUUCAAAGUAUGGUUUGAAAAAAAUUUACAUCGUUCAAUAAUGAAAGUCCUCUACUGGCUUCUGUAAAGAGACGAAUGAACAGAGAAUGAAAACGUUCUUAUCUGAACAACAUGCAACAAACAGAAACAAGGAUUCAAAUGAUUAAAAUGGUAAACGAAUUCAAACUCACCGUCGUCCAUUUUGCACGCCGAUGCAGAUCUGUGGUUGCGUGUGGAUUUACCACUGGACAAAAAAACUGUGGAAAAUCAGUACUGGGCCACCGGGCCGCUGGCCUGCGGGCCGUGGGGUGCGGGCCGCUGGGCAGCGGACCUGCUUUUGGCAAAACCCCUCUGUACAUGGACAGGAGCCCGGCAUACAACUUCUAUCAGGCCUAUGCAAUGGCAUUUUUCACAGUUCAGUUUAUUUUUAGUAUAUUUUUAAUUACUUUUUUCUCAAAAAUAGAAGCACUAGCUUGAAUUGUAUGAGUGUGCAUCUGUUGUAUGAUUAAGAUUGUAUACAUGGCAGUAUAGUGUUACUUAAAAUUUGCCUGAAAAUUGAUCUAAAAAUAAACUGGUCCAUGAAAUGCUGUUGCAUGUGCACAAGGGAGUUACUCAUUACUGGUUAUGCACUCCUGACUUGGGUGAAAUACCUGGCCCUACAUAAAUCUUCAAUAACCUUGAAUACCGUAUUUAUUCGAGAUGCCUCUUUGAUAGCCAUAUGAGAGGAAUGUGCCACCAUCUUGUUUAGUUCACCCGCCUCCAGAGGAAAACCGCUGUCCACAAAUUUAAGACCCAUGUUCUUUCCUAGAAGCAGACCCAGAUCCUUUCUCGGUUAAUGGAAUCAACUUCCGUUAAAAAAUGCAAAAUGCAGGAAGCCACGAAUCAUUUGGAUGUCUUUCGUUGGAAACAAAAACAUAUUUUUUGCAUAUUGAUUAUGCACCAUAAACUAUAACCAGGCUAAAAAGUAUCCAGAUUAGACUACGAGUAGUCCUCAUUUUUCCUCAGGGAUAGCAGAGUGAGCGAAAUGCAAGGUCUUGAGCUCUCGUCUCCCUUAUUUAAGUUUGAGUUGGAGGGGGUGGGGUAGGGGUGGGCUCUUAUUAACUUUCUCUGCCCUUAGGAUGAGCGCUUAUUUGAGGGGGGGCUAAUUUGAGGUUGGGCACUUAUUCGAAUAAAUACGGUACCUCAAAAAUCCCACCUACAUACAGCCACACACACACACACACACACAUGCAAAAGAAUACUUGCCAAAUUUCCCUACCCAAAAAAUCCCAGAAGGAAAACAUCAACUACCCCCCGCCCCCCCUUCCGCUAAAAAAAAUAAUCCUUUGAUCUUCCCUAUAACUUUAAAUGCAGAGUACCCCUCACCCAGGCUGGGCCACACAAUUAUGUGGCAGGUCAAAAUUAGAUUUUGGGCUAAAGUUUAUAUUUAAGAGUUUGUUCAUGCUUAGUGUGUGUAUAUCGAGUUAUGGAUGCACGCGGGAAGUUUGGAGAGCACGAAAGAUGCGUAAGAGUUGCACGAGGCGAUAGCCGAGGGCAACUGUAGGGUAAGCACGCGCACCAUGUUAUAAAUAUUAAUAGGCCCUUUAAAGACAGAGAUGGCAGAUUUCACUUCCCAUUCCUACCCGUAAAACCCUACCUGUUCAUAUUGAAAUCUGAUAAAGGCACCCCUUUCGGGUGGAGCCCUCCUGUAUUGGCUAUUUUUGCGAGUACCCCCUCCCUACCCCUGUGGAUAAAAAACAAAAAACUGUUGAAUUUUUUAUAUUUCUUCUGAAACAAAAUGAUUUUAGAAGGAAAAAAAAGAGGAUUUCCAAACACUCCUUUGUAUUUUCUAUACGAAUUAUUUUUUAGUUUAAGAAUAAUUAGUUUUAUUAAAAAUGUUGUUGUGAAAAGUUGCCAUUUUCCUAGCUUCAGCAUUCUCUGGAGACUCAGGUUGCUGCUCUUGUAAGUAAUUUACAAGUUCUACAAAGCAGAGAACAGGCACUGCAAGACAAAGACAAAGAGAGUGAACUGCGGCAUCAGAUGGAAGAACGGUUACAAAGGCUGGAAGAACUACAGGCAAAGAUGCUACAGGCACAGGUUUUUUAACAACUCUUUUCAUGAAAGUUUUUUUUUCCAGUUUUCUUUGCAGCUAAGCAGAGAGUAUAUACAAUACCUUGAGAGCUAUGUAUGGCCCAACUAGGUGUUGACAUUGAUAGGUCACCUGUCCAUGGCAGAUCAAAUUUUCCUCACAUUGUACUUCUUUUUGUUAGGUUUACAAAUAACUUACAAAUUUAUUUAAUGUUGAAUGAUAACAAUAAUAUUUUUCUAUUUAAAAGACUACUCAGGCAGCUGCAGUCUUAGGACCAGUUAGUGUGUCUUAUCCAGUGACAUCACUUGAAGCAUCACUGCCAACAUGUAAUACAAUAACUACCACAAACCCUUCUGGUCCAACUUACCAUCAAGUUUCUAGGAUGGCUUGGCCAGCUGAGGGAACCCAAGCAAAUGAACCCUACUCCAUCCAUGCAAAGAUUUAUGAUCCUAGUAAAGAACUCCAUCUUUUAACGCAAAGCGUGCCAGCCUUUGGUAAGUAAUCUAAUGAAUGUUGUUUAGUCUAAUGUAUGGUCUUAUGGUAUGUGUAUUUCAGUGUUCUUUUUAGGCCUCAGUUACUUAUAAAUCACAGUCUGAAUAAUGAAUUACAGUUGAGCCUCUCCGCAAACGGCUACCUUGGAGACAGAAGAAAGUGCCGGCCGUUGUGGAGAGGUGGCCGUUACGAAGAGGUAGGGAGAUAAUAUGGCAAUUUUUUUUAAGGGUGUACAAUAUGUUUAUUGUGCUAAGUUCGUGCUUACUGUAUCUCUAGUCUGCUUGCAUUCCGCCUUGUCUCUUAAAACCUGUCUAGUUCUUAUCUCGCGUGCUUGGGUUUCGCGUGCAGUAACUUUGCAAAGAAAAAUAAUAGACUACUCGCAGUCUACUGUAUCUCAUAAUGGUAAUCCAAUCAUAUUUUAGACCUACAUAGAGAUAAAAUACAUAAAAAAAACUUGACUAAUGAUUGAAUCAAAAUGUUAACGGGAUAAAACGAGGAAGGUUCGCAACAUUCGCCGUAAGUAUCGUAGACAAUUUUUGCUUACUGCAGCAAUAUAAAUGGAACACAAUCAAAAUGCCACUGCCGCGAUUAAUCAUCAACGUGCCAUACGAUCAAAUUUCAUGACCAUUCUCGACCUUUUCAUCAGUCGCUGAAAAAACUGGCCGUUGUGCGGAGGUUAUUUUGGCAGUUGGGGACGGGCUUUAGUGGCCGUUGCCGUUGUUAGUGAGGCUUAAACAAUAGACAAUGUAUGGACUGUCCGCCGCCAAGACAAAAAAAGUGGCCGUUCCUAGAGAGGUUGCUAUUAGUGGAGGUUCGACUGUGUAGAAAAGAUACUGUUGUCGAAGAACUACUUUGUUUUUAUUGUACCGUUUUCCAUUUUCACGAUUCAGUGUAGCUGAGGCAAAAUCAUGUUUCAUUAAACUUUUUUAUCAUUCAUUCAAAAUAUUUCUCCGUUUCUGAUUGGCUAAAAGCACACGCAUAAUUCACCAUAACCAGCUACUGUUGACCAAAUUUGGAAGAAUUUUGCGAUUAAUCAACCUAUGACGUCAGAAGUGCAGCACAGUGUGCAGGUUAAUGCACCGUUAACUGAGAAGGCCCGAGAACGAGGCUGAGUUGUUUUUGUUGUGAAAAGAAAAUGGCCGAAACAGUUGGCGGAACAUUUUACUCAUUUCACGACGAACUAUUGUCUAAAAACAUAGCAAGAAAAUUACUCGACGAACAACAUCUGCUAUUUGGAGUAUAUUUGCAGACCUGAACAGCCCUUUAUUUUCUAAACAUGUACUAUCGAGGUGAACUUAACAUCGACUAAGGUAAGCCUGUUUAGCUUGUUUUUAAACUAGGAAUUAUUUUGAAUGAAUAAUAAAGCAAUUAAUGAAUUCCAUGUUCGUAGGGUAUAAAGAAUUAUGCAGAUCUCUCUCGGAGGGUGGAUAACACCCUCCUCGAUCUGCAUAAUUCUUUUUAUUAUUCAUUCAAAAUAUUUCCCACGAUUCUGAUUGGCUAAAAGCACACGUUUAAUUCACCAUAACCAGUUACAGAUGACCAAAUUUGGAAGAAUGUUGUGUUUAGCGAGGAAAUGAUGUCAAAAAAUGCAGCGUUCUUGCAGGUUAAUGCACCGUUAACCGAAAAGACUUGGGGACGAGGUUGAGUUGUUUUGGUUGUGAACUUGAAAAUGGCGGACAUUUCACUCGUUUCAAGAGUAACAACUAGGCGAAAAAAUAACUAAAAACAUGACAAUAACAGCAAGAAGACGACUCGAAGGGCGACAUCUGCUAUUUGGAGAAUAUUUGCGGAGCUGAACAACCCUAAACGUGCAUUAUCGAAGAUGAACUUAAAUCGAUGUAUCGAUGGAGGAAAGCAUGUUUUGGCCAUGUUUUUAAACUAGGAAUCAUUUUGAAUGAAUAAUAAAACAAUUACUGAAUUCGCUUUUGGUAUCAUAUGAAGAAUUAUGGAGAUCUCAGAGGGUGUUAUCCGCCUCGGCCUACGGCCUCGACGGAUAACACCCUCCUCGAUCUCCAUAAUUCUUCAUAAGAUACUCAGCCUCAUUCAUUAAUUGUUAAAUAUCCUACUCAGCCUCAUUCAUUUAUUGCUAAAUAAUUAAGGACACCUUGUAGGAACAUGAUUGUGUUUCUUUGCUGCUUUCUCUUUUUUGACUUUCAAUGAAUAUCAUUUAUUUUGAUAGACUGUUGGAAUGGACAUCCAUAUCAUACUUGCCCUCCCUUCUUUAAGCGUAUUUCAUUUCAUUUUUUUGUUUUGCAGAAAAGCACAAAAUUGUAAGAAACACCAGAACCCAGACCUCCCCUCAAGAAUCUGUUUUGUCAGAAGAGUCACCGCUGCAGACCCCUCUCCCCCGUAAGCAACCACCCAAGCCAAUGUCCCGUUAUGACCUGCCAAGGUCAAGGUCAUAUAGUCAUAGACUUCGGUCUGAUGUUUCGCGGAGAAGGGAGAAAAAAGAAAAGGUGUCUUUUGAUCAACCUGAUAUUUCCCCUGCAGAGCCAACUUACAUCAGGCAAUUUACCGAUAAAGGUUAGUUUCAGAAAUAUCAAAUUCCAAAAGUGAAAUCCAGUUGAUAGGAAACAGUGCUGGGUUAAAUAUGUGCGAAAAAGCUAAGACGAAUUGAUUUAGUGGUUUAUUACACUGGAAAGAAGAUGAAAGUAACAGACAGCUGUGCCAUUUUACUGCCAGAAAACACGGACGAGUGGCAUAAGUAGAAUCUUGUCCAACAAAACAGGAAUUUAGUAGCAGUCUACUCUGUACUUGUUACAGCGUGAUGUUUCCAGAAAAUGUCGUCAAAGCUAAGAAAUGUUAGUUAACUGCAUAUUUACAGGUUUUGGUAUAACCAACUGGUUAAUGCAUUAAGGUUGUUUUCCCACCACACCACUGCCUUGAUACACUUCUCCUCUUGGAAAAUGAUAUUUUGACACAAGAAAAUUCAUCAUUUCUCCAGGGCGUGGUCUAGUGAGAGAACUCGUAUCCCAAAAUGGCUUUGCUACCGGAGUUGACAAGGCAAGAAUAGAACCACAGAGAACAUCUCACAGGUAAUAGGGGCUGGCCCCGCACUAUCUGGUUGUGUAAUCGUUUGUGGGUGUAUGUGACCUGUCGGUGUAUGUAUUAAGCUCGAUUACCAGCAGCUGUUCGGGAAAUGAGCCCACGGUCCUCCCCUGAACAGAGGGGAGGAACGAGAGAGCCGCGGAAAUCGGGCCUAGGUAUGUAUUGGAUUUACCGUUUGUUCCAUUUGUAGCCAUAUAUCGCUAAUUACAAAAUAACUAAGAUAGUGCGUGCGUUCUGAUUGAUAAAAAACGUAUGGUUUAUUGUGCCGGUAAACUCAUAGUUUUACUUAAAGUUAUUUUAUAAAUAUUAAUAUAAAAUAAUAGACCACACUUUCUAUGGGACUUGGGAUGUUGGGAGAACACUUGAAAAGGUUGUAAAUCACUGGCCUUCGGCUCGUGAUUUACAAGCUUUUCUCGUGUUCUCCCAACAUCCUGCGCGGGUUAUCACGCCGGUAAACCCAUAGAAAGUGUGGUCUAUUGCUUAAAUAUUUACGUGGAGCAAUGUUAAAUCAACUUACCUUCCGUAAAUUGUCGUCCUAUGCUUCUGAACAGGUAUUUUAAACCGCGAACUCAAAAUCCUUAAAAAUCGCUCAAAACAAACGGUUACUGAUACAGAUUGUGUGGAUCCGCGGCCUGUGUGACAAGUAUGACGACCAUCUCUCCUCUUGGCAAUGUCUUACCUUGUUCUUCGUAAUCAUUUUGCUGGAUUAUCUUUCCUCUCCACGGCAACAACCACCGCUGUCAACCAAAGUGGCCACUAAAGGGAGUUCUGUUUUUCUUUUGUUAACUCUCCCUCGCCAGCGAUAAAACGAAAACUUCAGGCAGCUUGUGAACCUUCUCUCUCUUUUUUUAUAUGCACCAAUGAGGUUUUAUAAGUAGGGAAUGCUGAAAGGCAGGCCACAUGGUGUUUAGAGAGAGCAAUUUUAUUUUAAAGUUCAACAAACGCACAUCUAACGGCAAAAUAGGAAGAUCAUCCUAGUAGGCCUCUGCAGUGGCAGAGUAGUAAUGUAUUUCGUCCCUAUGAGGAAAGAAAUAUGAAAUCAGUGAAAGUAUAAUACAUUCACGUUACACCUAAUUUAUUGAUACUUUCAGUAACUAGUCUGCGAUUUUGGUCAAUUAGUCCGCACGAUGUUUCUUGGGCAUUGAACUUGUGCUAUUUAUUUUGAUGAACAGGAUACGAGAAACCUCUUACUUUUGCUGGUCGGAUUUACUUUUACCUUGUUUUUGCUGUUUUCUACCAUGCGACCAGAGGCCCUUCUCGGUCUAGGAGGGUAGAAGGGCCUCUACUCGCAGGGUAUUCCUAGGUUCCAGUCCACCUCAGCCGUCCCGCCCUUAGCCUGCGUGGCAGGCGUUUGAAAGGGAAGGGAAAGGGAGUUUUAGGUGCGAGAGAAACGCGUUUCCCUCGCGCCCAAAACCCCCUUUCCCUUCCCUUUCAAACGCCUGCCACGCAGGCUAUCCCGCCCGGUGCGCCCUAUGCAAAACAAAGAAAAAUUGAAAAACUCGUUUUGGUUUGGACUGAUUUAUUUAUCAUAUGUCAAGGUGAAGAUCGCUUGUAUCGCUGUUUGUGUCCCUUGUGCCGGUGAGCAGGGCGUUGUUUUUUUUCCGAAUGUCUUUCAACGCUUUCCUCGACUAGAAUUACACAUUCCUUUUAUCCUCGCUGCAGGUUAUUUCAGUGCUACUAUGCUUUUUACAGUUGUAAUUUUUGAAAGAAUAUUUUUUAAAAGUUUAAUUCCGUCUGUGAUUUGUUAACCGAAUUCACGAGAUGUUAUAUGUCAAAGUCCGUGGAGAUCAAAUGUGAUAACCGUAUUAAGGGGUUUUUUCCUCGUUUCGGACACCGUUGUCGAACUGUGAUGUAUGUAUUGUUUCUUUUUUUUUGAGAUAUUUUUUCUUGGCCACCUCUUGAAACAAACUCAUGCCUUGGUUCUUGUUCGGAGAAGGGUUUUUCUUUCGUUGAUAAACACGUUGAUAAACAAUUCACGCAGAUGGCCCGAAAGCCAGAUGUCUUUAAUUCUUGACAGAAUUGGGAAUCGUUCCAGAUUACAUCAUAUAAAUUGGAUUAGUUUCAGAUUUGACCAUGACUUGGGCUACAACUUAGCCAAGUUGCUAUGGUAUUUACGCAAUCUUUGUUGCUUGUCAGUCUUAUGAGGUUUGACCCCCAGUAGAACAGGAAAGGAUUUCGUCAUCUGAUCUGAUAUUCAAUCAGUUGGACUUCUGAAACUGAUAAUAUUACGGCUUUCCUGGUGAAAAUCAGGGUGAACAUUUAUCUUAAAAUUACAAUCUUCUCGCAAGAUCUUCAGCUUCCUCGUUCUUCCCAGAAAAAUUCUCUAUGAAACGAAAAUUGGAAGGUUAAUUGUAGAAUUGUGUUUGAACUAGUUUUCACCGCACCCAUGACAGAGCAUUCAUUCCUCAAAUGUCUGAAUCACUGCGCAUGCGCUCUUUUGGCAGGUCAGUUUUAGGCGUUGACCAAACCAUUUUUUGGGUAAGAAGUCAUGCGCAUGAGUUGCACUGUGGACGUCUCAGCUCUUCUUACGGAUAUAAAUUUUUUUUGCAAAUGUUUGAUCUCUUUUCACGCGGAUAUAAGUGUGGUUUUGAAAAGGUUGUGUUGAUGUAAAAAUACAUUGCGGGUACUGAAAUAUCGUUGCGGACUUCUCAUAACCCCGCUCGCUGAUUCAAACAAAUCAAGAGGACUGUAUCUUUCGAUGUAACAGCACCAACAGUCUACUGCGAUGUACAGUGCAGUUCUCACAUAUUCAACGGUUGUAACACAACGAUCAACGAUCAACUAACACAUUCUAAGUAUACAGAGGUUUUUCUACUAUCCUUGCGUAAUUACAUUAAUUACAUGUACAGUAAAAGUUCCCAUUGUAAUGUAUCUAAAUUAAGUGACUAUUACAAAAUCGCACGUUCUUUCACCUUAUUUAGCCUAAAUGUUACUUAAAUGUUUUAUACUCGGACUUUGUCUACAUUAUUUUGAAAUCUAAUGUCACGACAUAUAACUUCUUUGCGCUACAAAUGUCAAUUUCUAAUUAAUAUUUAACCAAAAAAUAAUCAAGUUAAGCCUGGUUUUCAUUAGGCGGGAAAAUCCCAGACGAUCGGGGAUUUUGCUGUUUCCCGACGCGUCUCAGAUUUCUGCGAUGAUCGGUAUCAUUCCCGACAAAUGAAAACUCAAAUUUGUACUGUCGGGGACGACGGCGAUGGAUUUCGCUCCUUCUCAACCCUCAAAAUUUUAAAAUGGACUCCAGUCUCCCUAUCAUACAUUUGUGUACAAAUUUCAAUUUUUGGCGCAUUUUCCAUUUCCCUUCAAAUUCAAUAUCGGGAGAAUCUGGGCGAUUAUCCGAUAUAUCGGCCAAAUCUGGGACGGUCGGCAAAAAGUAAAAUCCCUGAUCGUCUGGGAUUUUCCCGACAUAUGAAAACCAGGCUUUAAGCAUCACCUAUUUCUUUCCCGACAAAUAUUUCUUAGUCUUCCAAUCUCUCACAUCGUAAGUUUAGAGGGAUCCCGGGAGAGUGAUGCUGUAUUACCGGAUCCAGACCUUGAGAUAAGGCGGGGGGGGGGCGGUCAUCCGGAUCCUUAGAAAGGGGGGAGGGGCGGUCUCCAAAAAAAAAUGUUUUUUGGCCCUUCGGGCCUCAGUUUGGUCUAAAAAGAGGGGCAGGGGGCGGACCCCCCCGGGUCCCUCCCCUGGAUCCGCCACUGUGCUGUAUAUUGAAUGUCUUUCUUUCAUGGAAAUGCCGGACACAUAAAUUACAUUUUAUCAUCGUGAAAGAAUUCCAAAACUCAGGGCAAAGAAUAAAUUUUCCAGUCGACUUUUUUGUGAUGGUAACCGUUCGGUACCGGUUGCAUUGCAGUGUGGACCUAGUUUGCCAAACGUUUGCAAUUUGUGCAUGAUCUUGCAACCCGGCCACUUACGGCCCGGGACUUACGGGUCCUUUUGCCGUCCAACUUUUCGUCCCCGUUAUUCAUCAGUACGUUUAUAGUUAGAAACUUUUGAAAAGACUGCGGUAAAACCAGUAAAUGCUGCUACUUAUGACUGUUGCUAGCCGAGUUAUCUUGAAAGAUGCUGGGCCCUGAAUUUAAACAAGCGUGCUUGUACUUUUACUGGCAUUGAGUACAAAAGCUAAUCGUAAAACACUGAAUACUUUGUGAGUAAAAUAACUUCAUAAGCCAGACGGAAUAGUACUCAAUCUAUGUAAAACUUGUGCUAAGGUGAAGGCUGUGCAAGUCCCAGUACCCCCAUGUUUGAUAUUUAGAACACAGUGACACCCAACGAGGAUAUAGUUCAAAACCACUUAACGUAGCAUUGUUGAACGUGUUUUAGUAUUCAAACGGUAGAUAUAGGCAUAUCUUUAUCCCCUAAAAACUUUUCAUCUGUUCGGAUUUCCUAGCUGAAAGUCUAUUGAGCCGAAAAUUAUAGGGAUAAAAACUUACCUUCUCGAAAAUUGUAGCCAGGAAAAGGCUCUCGAAAAUUCUAGGUGGCCUUUUUUAGGGUCAAAAUCCGUUAAACAUGGGUAGUUAUACCAUUUUGUUUAUGUUCGAAAAUCCUAGGAGAGGCAGGCAAGCAAGAAAUUUUACAACAAAUGCUCCGAAAAUUCUAGAUCUCAAUUCGUCUUCCGAACAGAUAUUUUCCCGAAAAUUGCCGUUGGGUGCCCCUGAGAACAGAAUCACAAAUACUGAUGCCAACCCAAAACUCUUGGCAAAUAAUAAGUUUUUUAGUCGAAUAUUUCUUUUCGGCAUUAUUAUUUGCUCUGAGUUAAAUUCUUCCAAUGAUAAUGUCUCCGCCAUGACAGAAGAAAACAUUUUCAUCAAUACAGUUUAUCAUGUUAUUUGAUAUAUGUCAAUGGAGCUUGAAGGAUCUUGUCUCUCUGCCUUGUGUCAGCAUAUUUUAAAUGAAACGAAUGUUCGAUGAAGUUCCUUGUGUGCCGUAUGCCAUUGCGUGUCGUCAAUGAGAGUUCAGAAUUGUGUUUACUUAAAAAGUACACAGCGGUUUAGAAUGCGAAGCUAGAAAGAUGGUAUUAAAGGAGUAAAACUUUUCUGAAAUUGUUACUUUUGCGCGUGACUGUAGUGAUCCCGCACACGUAAAAAGUUUCCCUGUUGAAUUUUUCAGGUGUCUCUGCGCCCUCAGAACUUUCACCGUCCACAAAACACAAAAUAUGAUAUGCAAAGUGAUAUAGAAAAUUUCUUCGCAUUAACAUUAAGAUUACUUUGAACACAAACACAAUUAAAUAAGUAUCCUUCCGGAUAUAGCUGAUUGCUUUAAGAAAAAAAGUAGUAGACAAUCGAUCAAUCUAUUACUACAUCCACCAAGCGUCAAACAUCAUAAAUUAUGUUGCAUGACGUGGCGUGUCUUAGCUCUCUGUGACCUACGCGUGUCCGGUUUGCUCUACAAUAUCAAGACAGACCAUAAACGUUGCCUGUUGUGCAGAAUCGAUACUACAUGUAGUUUAUUUGUUGGGGAAAUCUAAUACAGGAACACAAUUUUCAACGGACGGAAGAUUAUACGAGACUCCGUGUUAUUGUUCUUUCGUUGAGUUUCGCCUGUCAUGAAUUUGAUCCGAAUAUAAGAUUAACACAUGACUUGUAACAAAUGACAUUGGGCAAUAUCUGUUACGGGAUCAAGUGGCAGCCAAUUUCGGGUUUCAACCUGUCAAGAAUUUGAUCCGAACUUGCAGUUUUAAAUUUCCCAAAAAGAAAAUGUAAACACCCCAGGAAUGGUUUAAAUUUUUGACCUAUGACAAUAUUGAGCAAUGUCUGCUUUCCGCGGAUCAAAUGACGCCUUCAAGACAAAAGCGCUAUUCAGCACAAACCUGAGUUGUUUAAAAUGCAAUUUAUUGUAUCCGGUGCCCGCGCAGUCAAGCAUUUUGCAUAAUCUAUGUUCUCUUUCCCGGAAAGAACGUUUAUGUAAACUCAGCCAAAACGUCGCUAUUGUUUUUGAACAACGGAAACCAAUGACUCUCUGCCUCGGGUUGGUUACCAGGGAUUAUUAAUGACGUCAUUUGCCUAAUUUUAUACAUUAUUUACGUGCUUAAGGUUCUUUGUUUCGGGAAUGAACAGGAUUUGAAGCAGUUAUAGCAAACGCACUUUGUUUCAUUCCGACGUUGUGUUGAUCGAUGUCUAUGAGUAUUAUUUCACAUAUUUUAUUCAUUUUUAGUGAAUGGUUUUGAAAGCUUAAGUUUGUUAUGCUUUAAUUUCUCCCCUUUGCCAUGCAGCGAUAUUUUUGUAUCCGAAAGAUCUGUGCACCACGUGAUUAUGCUAAGAAACCAAGUCUAUUUAACUACUCAGGCUGUUUCUCGUUGGGCGGCGGCAUUUUAGAAAAACCACCAAAGUUCCUUGGCGAAAAUUUCUCCCCCUCCUUCCACCUCGUAAAAGUUCCAUGGCCAUUGCGGUGAAUAAUUCAGUCCAGUUAUCGUAUUUAUCCACCCCAAAUUCGCCCCGCCUUGUGUUUGUGCACUUCAUGAUUUGGCGACAGGUGUGACGUCACAGGAAGUGUGUGUGAGUUCACUGAUUGUUUUGACGCAUUGGCUCGGAUCAACGCGGUUCGGUCACCGAUAUGAUAAUUCAGAACGAACCUAAAUUUAGAGUGUUUGAGAGCUCAUACGGUGAUCGAGUUUCGCGUCACAUAUUUAUUUGAUGGCAAUUGUUUUAACUCGUUCUUCGAAGAUUAAAAGUUCUGGUUUCUUCUGCUUGCGUUCUGGUGACACGCUUUCUCGAUUUCCUGGCGAUCAAGAAAUUUGUCCAAUUUUAUGAUCACACGUGCCUCCGAUAACGUAACUGCCACAUCGAUAGCUUGCUAUAUAGGAGAACAAGAUUUGCUGAAUUUUUCGCUAUGAAGAAGGACCUGGAAGUGUUAAAUCUAUGCUCAUCAUAACCUAGACGCGGGCGGCCAUAAUUUCUUUGUACUGCAAUCGUUUUGUGAGGAAAACUUCGGGAAAUUAUAUGAGUUUAAUACUGGUGAACUGAGCCGAGCAUUAGAACAUGUCGGCUAGUCGCUUUCAUCGUCAGCAUUGUUAUUUAUGCGAUCUUCCUCAUUCUCCGUGGGCAAUUUUACACGAUUUUUCGGAACCGGUUUGCCGAGGUUGUUGCAACUAUGAAGGAGCUGACCGAAUUGAAGAUGUAAUACAUUAUUCUAGAAUUUUGCGGCGAACAUGGGAAAACAACGAAGCGAACAGGGGUCGAGGCGUAAAAACAGAAAGGCUUAAUUCAGCAGGUUCGUCUGUUUCUUCGACUCCAAGUCCGCCACCAGCUAACGGUACUAACUACACGUCACAAUUUUCAGAGCAAAGAAAAUCAACUGGAAAAGUUCAUAACAGUCACAGAAUUGGCGAAGAAAGUAUAGAAAAUUCGCUAGGGCAUGGCAUUACCGAAGCGGCAAACGGACCGGGCGCUAAAGGAUCUCGCCCUCCAGGAAAUAUUGGUUCUCGCGAGGUGGAGAGACGUGGAUCAAAUUUUAACAUGGAUGAUGUUAGGCAUGCAGCAAUGGCAAACGGAAAUUCCUUGCAAAGACAUCACCCGCCCUUGACCCCAAAUGGACCUCAACAAAACUUUGUUGUCGAUGGUCCAAGGCCAGAACUAAUUCGAGAAACUCUGACAACAUUGAACCGGUCUUGUCCUUUUGAUAUCAGAUUCAAGAAGGAUUACGCGUUGGUCGGUCGCGUAUUUGCUUUCGACGUCACUUACAAGCCAGGCAUUGAUUACGAGCUUAAAAUUUUCAUCGAAUAUCCUCGUGGUUCCGGUUGUGUUUUUCAAAGCGCAUCAGGAGUUGCUAAACAGAUGUAUACAGAGUCUUUAAAGGAAAUGGCAAAGCCCCUUUCUUCUGGGUUCAAAUAUUUGGAGUACGAAAAAGACCGUGCCAGUGCAGAUUGGCGUUUACUGGGGGAUUUUCUCCCUGAGCCUGUCCGUUUGUUCAAGGAAGCUAUAAAUCCUGAGUUUCUUGCCAAACCUCAACUAGAUCCUGAAUUUCCAGUUCUACCCCAUGUAAACCUCAGCUUCAACCGAUCAGGUCCAGCUUACAGUCGAAAGCGAAAAGGUGCAAUUGAUUUAGAAGAAUUUGAAGUAACAGCUGGAAAGCGAAUGGGACCCAUUCAUGGUCACAUGACUCGUGAUGACACAGUACAUGGAAUGUGGAUGGCAAACCAAUCAGGAGAAGCUGUCAAGUUGCAGGCUCACGUACCAGGAACUCCCAUUCCCCCAGGAACACCUGUGACCUCUAUCCCAUCUGCAUCUGUUCCACCUAUGGUUGCACUGCCUGUCUCUAAAGCAAGCUUGGCAGUCUCAGAGCAGCAUGCCCGUGGUCAAGUAAAAUCUCCAAUGGCUACCAUGGUGAAUCGUUUUGAGCUGCCUCCAAGUUCUGUUCUUCGUGAAGACUCAAGGAAUGGCCCCAAUAAUUUGGUUCCUGUGUCACCUAACCCUGAGAGACUUUCACCACGCCAGCGUCAGUCACCAAGGCCCUUACCAGUUGGUGGUAAACCUGAAUCUCAAGGGGAAGGAGAAGCAAAAGGACGAGGCCCUUCAUCUGUGAAUAUAUUGACCUGCAGCCUUUGUCACGACAAGCUGGAAGACACACAUUUUGUGCAGUGUCCAUCAGUUUCUCACCAUAAGUUCUGCUUCCCUUGUUCACGUGAGAGUAUUAAGAAGCAGGGAGCUGGUUCAGAAGUGUUCUGCCCAAGUGGUGAAAGGUGUCCAUUGCAAGGCAGUGAUUUGCCUUGGGCAUUUAUGCAGGGAGAAAUUGCAACAAUUUUAGGAACUGCUGGGGAAGCAUAUAAUAAUGUGAAAAAGGAAAAAGAUGGUUGAUGUUUUCUAUCUUCGUUCUUAACAAGUAUAGUAUUAAAUGUGUGUAGUACCCCUUUUGCCCUUCAUUGUUUGGAGACAACUUUUAAUUAGCAUGAAAACAUUGGUCAUUAAAAUUACUGUAUCAACAAUUUAGUUGAAGAUGCAAUCAUUUUAAAUUGUGGUUCAAUCAUUAAGGAUUUUUUUAUCAAGUAGAAUAUUCAUGAAGGCGAAUUUGUUAAGUGUUUUGUCAAAACUAGCAUUCUUCAGUGUGAAUGAAGAUUCAUCAUCCUUGGGUUGAUGAAUUGAUUGGGUGUCAAUAACAGAUUUUUUGUAUGCAAUUUUUUGCCAAUUUUCCACUGUAUUUGAAGGUACACGUUAAACUGCAAACAAAGCAUUUUGGAUUAAAAUGCAUGGAAGAAGUGGCCAACUUUGUGCAUGCAUCAUGAUUGUCAACCAGCUUGUCUAAAUUAAAAUACCAUGUUGCGGCACAAACCACAGGUAACAUGUACCAUGCAAUGAAGAUACCAAAGAGAAUGGAAAACUAAAUGAACUGAUAACAGCGAGUCCCGGUUGUUAUAGCCUGUGCCAGGCUCUCAGAUAGUAUGUUGGGGAUGUAAUAGAACAAGCAAAGCGAAAAUAAGACGCGCGUGACUUGGGAAAGGGGGCAGUCUCAGCUCCCGCUCGUUUUUCGCAUUUCUUUUUACUGAACGACUUUUCACCACUAUCUCGGAGCCUGGAACAGGCUACAGUGGUUAGGUCAAAGCAAACCUACACACCAGAUGCUACAAAAUGUAUAUUUAUUCUCUCAAGUUAAUGUCAUUUUGAUUUGCAUUAUUGAAUGUUUGCCUUUAUGUAAAAUGUUUGGUUCUUCGUAUCCAGAUACUAUUCUUUGUUAGUUUAUUAUUUUGUUGCAGUGUUUACACAUUUUGAAUUUGAAUGACUUGAGUUUUGAUGCUAAUGAAAGUUUUGAAGGGCAAAAGGUGUUAAACGUACAUACUUUGUGACUAUCAUUUUGCUGCUGCCAUGAUGAAAUUUUCUUUGGUUGAUUUUUCAAACACCUUUGAGUUUUUCUUAAAAAGUGUAGCAAUUUAGGUGAAAGAAAUCGUUGUAAUUGAAUUUAACUUAUUACUCUUAUGAGUUGUGAUUGUGAUUUGAUUUUUUUUGCUUUACUGGUAUUACAAUCUGCUGAAUUUUUGUAAAAUUUAUCUUCUUUACUGGUGGAGUAAUUUCUUGCUUCCAUUGGUCAAUUCUAGGAAUUGUCAAUUUCUGGAGAUUUUGUAUUUUCACUGAUUUUAUCAUUAGAAAUGAAGAAGCUUGUAUUUGACAUCACAUGUAGAUUUAAGAGUUAAAAUUAGCAAUCUGGAGUACUAACUGCUAUUUAUUCAAAAUUGCAGCAAGAUUUGAUUAUUCCUUUUGUUUAAUACUUCAAUUUGUAGGCCUUCUGUGAAUACAUAUAUGGUGACUUGUACAUGCAGAUGUUUAAAUGUGUGAUUUCUUGUGAUAAACAAUUUAAUGCCAAUCUCAGAAUUGCAGCAUGCAAAGAAAGUAGUGUCAGAUAACCCAGGGCUGGUGGAUUUUGCUGUCAGGCUGGUGAAUUCUGUUCUUAACCUACCCAUCAGGGAAGUAAGGAUUUUUUUUACAGUAGAACUGUAGUCAAUCCUGCACACUUAAUUUUUUUCUGGCUAGCUGAAAUGACUUUUGGACUAGUACAUGCUAGCUACAGCUUGCCUGAAUUAAUUGUGAAACUGACUUUUUUGCACCCCACUGUUGACUUAAUAAACUCAGUCUUGUAGGAUGUAAUCAGUGCUGCAUAUUAGUGCAGGGCUACUUAAUGUUUUGUUUUCGAGAAGGUAGCUUUUUUCUUGAAUUUUACACUUGUAAGUGGGGCAAUGUUAAGGUACUUUCUCUUACAGGGUUUGAAAUUAAUUUUUUGGCCAACCAAUUAUACAGUUCAGUAUCCAAUAAUGUGUGCUUAUAUAGUGCUGAUAAAUGUGGCAAAUGUAUGAAUGGAUUGGUUCCAAUUUCAUGAUGAUCAGUAAAAAAGAAAUAGUGAUGAUUUAAUAAUGCUCUUUUACAUUUUCCUUUCAACUUACAUUACGCAUGGUUGGAGAAUUCAUGAUCAACACUGCAAAACGUUGUUUGUUUAGAUUCAUCGUACUGCAUACAUAGUGUUUGAAACUGUACUUCUUCUUUGUUGUUUUACUCAAUAUUCCAUUUCGUCUUCACAAAUUUCAGGCCACGACCUUUUUCUGAAAAAACUAUCCAAGAAUCCUUGCAUCUGAUCAGUAUAAUAAAUGGUUGCACAUUAAGGAGCCAGUCAAAAAGAAAAAGGAAACAAACACUGAAACAAGCAAGGUGGCAGAGAUAUAUAAAGGCUGUUUCCAGAUCUUCCCAUCCAACAAAGCCUAGUUACCUUAAGUUAUGUGAAAUGUGCAGUUUUCGUGUUGUUUGAUUAUGUCGUAAGCAUAUCUUUUAGAAAAAUAAAUUGUUUGGGAAACACACAUGCAGAGAGGAAACACAUGUAAGAACAUUUUCUAUGACAGAAAUUUUUACUAACCGUGACAGGUUGCUAAGGCUCAUUUUUAGUAACCAAGGGUCGGAAACUACUUAAUGGUUGGUUACUGUUAAUUUCAAGCCCUGGCUUACGACUCUCACACAGCUUAAUUGCUUCUAAUCUAUUACAGACUAAUGGUAACUUUAAUUUUUUAUCAAACUUUAUUUAAAAAUGAGAAUAUCAUUAAGGUCAAAUCUGUGAAAAAUAUCUAUUUCAAAAAUAUAUUAAGGUAUUUUAUGUGCAUCUUUUGUCUUUAAUAUAAUUUCAGUUAUGUUUCGUUCUGGAAAGUGGAUGUUUUGAUGAAAAAUUUCGAGGGUAAUGCACAAACCUAUUGUUGAUAUUAAGAAUUUCAGCUAGUGAAAGCUUCUAGUGCUUUGAUCUUUAUGUUACUUUUUUCCCUGGCUUUGUCUACCAAGAACUUUUGCUCAGAAUUGUGUGAAUUUGUGUUUCAGGUACCUAAAAUCUCAUAACCUUUAUGGUCACAUAAAAAUCCUAUUGCUUAGCAUCAGUUGUUGCAUUAUAAAUGUAAGCUUUGUUAGGCCGACCAUACAUAACAGCCUGCACACCUCUAUUUGGUUUACUUUGAUCUGACAGAGUGGUAAGAUAGUUGGUACCAAGAACUGUUGUUGCAAGUGCUUUUGUUGCUUUGUUCUACAUACAUACAUACAUAACCUUUAUUAAAGUGUCUAAUCGUUUUAGUGCCUAUUGGCUCUAAUUGGGGAGACCUUUAAAACUAAAUUACAUCAUUAAAAGAAACUAAUUAAAUACUAUAAAACAUAAAAAAGCCAGAAAGUAACACUAUUCAAGCUAAGUACUCUUUUACACGUAAAACUAAGUUCUAAGUUUACUCUUUAACACUUGGAAGCUAAGUUCUAAAUUUACAAUAUAAAAACUAAAUGCAAGCCUGCGUGGCAAAAAAAAAAGGGGAGGGAGAGGGGGAGGGAGAAAAGCACGAAAGAGGGGAAAGGGAAGGGAGCACCUGCUAUAAGAGCCGGUGUUUUUGUAAUCCGCCCACCAUUUUCUCAACUAAUCCGAUAAUGUCACUGUCAAUAUGUGACCAAUCACAAGUACGCGGCUUCUCAGCAUGGUCCGAACUCAAUUACUUUGUUUACCGGAAAUUGUCAAGUUGAGACACUUUUUUUCAAUUGAUAUCAUAAUCGAGCGAAACGAAACAUUUUUACUGUUCUUGCUCCCGCAGCAAACAUUUUUUUACUGCUUGCACUCUACGACAAACAAUGAUCAGUUUCGUGUGAAUACACAAGACCUUUUAUCUUACAACCUCAUCACGCACCGUGAUAGUCACAAAGAACAGAACGCUGGCCAGCCUGAGACGCGAAUAAUGAAAGUAAAGGAGCUCAACAGAUAGUUUUUACCAAAGCUUCAGCUCUCUCUUUGCAAACCAUGUAAAACUCCAUUCAAGAUGGUACAUGUUUUUGUCAUGUUUGUCUCUCACACUAAUGCAUGCCAGGAUACACACCAAUAAGUUACUCAUUUCGGCUCAGCCAAUCAGGAAUUUGCGGACGCCAGCGUCCGCAGAAAUGAAUAAAAGGGGGUUCUUAUAGCAGGCAUCCCUUCCCCUCUCUCCCCUACCCCCUCCCUUUUUCCCUUUUUCCCUACCCCCUACCCCUUUCGACGCCCGCUACGCAGGCUACCAAAUGCAUAUAUGAGCUCGGAUGCUAAAAGGAAUAAUUAAAUAUGUGUACGUCCAGUUAACCUAAGCAUAAGCAGCAUUCACUCCCACAUCCUUCAAGAAAUGCUGUUACAUCCUUAUGUAUCAUUCUCCUAAAAGUUGCCAAUGUUCCAAUACUUCUCUCCUUCCUGCGAAUUUUGACCACAAUUGUGGUACGAGAAAUCUGAGAGAAUUUCUUCCAUAAGUAACAGUUUUAAACCAAGGUAAGACAAAAUCUGCAUUUCUUAGAUUAUAUCUCUUACUAUUGGUAUUCUCCUUGUUGAUAUAACAAAUAUCUGCAAUUUGGUUCGUUGUUAAUUUGUUUUUUACUUUAAACAUCAAAAUGAGUAUAUCGUGCAACCUCCUAUUUUUUAAAGUAGUUAACUUUAAGUUAGCUCUUUUCAACAAGGCGUCAUAACUUUCGGUGGUAGUAUUAUACACUAAUCUUAAGGCUCUUUCUUGUAGACGCUCCAAUUUACGACUAUCAGAUGCCUUGCCCAAAAAAAAAAAAAACUUCAUUAUUUAAGUCCGUAUUCUGUUGAUGUCAAUAAAGUGUGUAUGAAACUUUAUUAUUUACACUUUUUUAACACGGAUUAUAGUACUGAGUAAGACAGCAUGUCACAGCCCAGCCUCCCUCCCUCCCUCCAACCCCUACCAGCUUCAUACUUCAUCCCUCAACUUUUACCUGCCAGUAUACACCUAUUUCAAUUAAGAUUGCUUCUGCGAAAAAUGAUGCAUGGUCCAUGUUUCAUAGCCUGUGGUGCAUUAUUGUAGUAAGUCUAGUAAAUUAUGUGCCCGCAGCAAGCUAUAGAAACCUAGAAAGCAUAUGCUAUGUCAGCAGAAUGGUAAGACGAUGUAUUUCAAAACACUGAAUCCUAGGCUUUUUAAUUUGAGACAGUGAUUUGAGGUUAGGUUUUUCUCUGUGGUAAUAUGCAAAUGCUGCAAAUUUUAAAAGAGUUUGCUUAGCCCAUGCACUUGGGAAUUUUGGAUGGAGUUUUUUUAAAAAAAAUCAAAUUCAAGGCAUUUGUUGAACAACAAUAAAUAACUUGACUUUACGUGUUUAUCUAUUCUUGAGGCCAUUUUUUUAAAACUGAAUUAAAAAAAAGAAUAGAAUUGAUUUGCUUUAUUGAAAUAACCAGCAUUCUGGCCCAUGCUAAAACGAAACUUAAUCAGGCAGUAAAACCCUAUUUAUUUAAUGCUGUUAAAAGAAGAGACUUCUAAUUUUUUACUAUGAGACUUUAAGAAUAGGAAUUUUUCAGCUCGUUCAUGCUUAGAAUUUUAGCAGCCAUUCUGACCUGAAAGCUCUCUUGAAUGCCUUUUCAUAAAAUGGUCUCCAUUAUUUCAAUGAAUGUCAACAAGAACAAAAGGGUUUACCAUAAUGCUCUGCAGGCUAUGAAACAAUAUGGUUCACCGGAGCAACCUUAAUUGAAAUAAGUGUAUAUAUCAGUCAGGGUUCUCUGACUCCUGCUUUAAUACACACCAUGCUACGGUGUAAGAUGAUGGGAAAGAUUCAAGAACCAAAUUUCUGUCAACAUGUGUUCGUAAAAAGUCUGUUCAAGUUUUAUAGGAUAGGAUUGUUAGAUCAAAAAUUCUUCAACAUCAGUCUCAAUCACAAAUUUUGAUAAGUAUAACCAUAGCUUUUUUGCCAUAUUGCAGUGCACUUUCAUGCUGUGUAUUAUCACUGAUAUAGUUACACUGCUCUAUGGGUAUAUUUUCCUAUUUUUAGAGAAAACCUCAGGAAACGGACAUUGCAUAUAGACUAGGGGAAAGAAAAUGUAUGAGAGACUCAAAAAAUAAAUGAGCAAGAAUAAAAGGGUUUUGUUUGUCUCACGAUUUUGACUGACUAGAUAUUGAUUGUGAUGUUUGGACUGCAGGUCUUCUUAUUACAGACAGUCUAAACAUUCGGGAUUCUCCCCACUUUGUGUGAAAAUCCUGAAUCCCAGCCAAUAUGGGAUUAGGAUAGGAAAAAUCCCGAUUUUGACAUCUGUUCUAAUAUUUUCAAGUGAAUUCUCAUGAUUCUUAUGCAAGAAUACCCAACAGAGUAUACUUAACUGAAACUGAUAUCCAGAAAACUUAAACAAACCAGUGCACAAAAUAUAAAAAAGAUCAAGUACUUGUAUGUGAAGCCAUGCAAACAUAAAAAAGUAUGAAAAUGACAAUUGAUUUAGUGAACAGUUUAGACAGAAAUUGUCCUCUCAGAACACUAGAAAUGGCACUUCAGAACAUCAAGAUUUGAAAUUUUUGCAGAAAUCAUGCCCCUUCAACCCCUUAUGCAGCUUGCUCCUUUGGCAUUUGUGAGAUUCAUCUGCGAUUGAAAAAUAUUCCAGUUUUACUUACUCAGAAGGUUGGACAGUCUGUAAUUAGUUAACCACAUUAACCACAAUGAAAAAUAUCUUUAUUUCAUGACAAUGAGCAAAACGUUACCAUCAUGUAAUAUAAUUACAUGCAUACUCACCUCUAAGGGUGGAUUCAUUCUUGCAUAGCACAAGGACCUUAAUUUCACAUGCAGAACUAAAAUGGAGGUAUGAAAGAUAGACAAGUGCAUAAUAAUAAUAAUGAUAAUAAUAAUAAUAAUCUGUGCAUUUUUUAAAAAGGGGAGUGUGGGAGGGAGGAUAAGGAAUAACUAUCCUUAUUAUAUGGCUGAGUCUGUUUUCGCCAUGUGAUUGGUCAAUUUGCGGUCCGUAACUUGCUAUAUGGACCAAAAUUUUUAAAGAAAAUGCUCAUUUCGGAGGUCUAAAUCUCUUUACCUCAGAAAAAAUGUUUGAAUAAAGUUAUAAGACGCCUGUCAACGUUGAGGACUUGGAUGUUGACUUUGGCCUUCAACAUUUUAAACUCUGUUUACUUGUGAACGAGGGUGAUGAAGAAUAAACUAACUUGUAAUUGUAUCAAAGAGGAUUCUAGUCAGUGUUUGAAAAUUUUAUCGUAGUACACAGUUAAGAAGACGAAAAUUGACUGACAGAGAUUCGAGAUGUUUUGCCUAAGAGGAAAUGAGUAAUUCCUUCAACAAACAUGAUAACAAACAUACCUUUACCCGAUCAUCUUGACAAGCUUCUUUGCCAUUUGCAGACCAAUGAAAGAAAGAUAGAAGCAAGUUCGAGCCAGACACAAUAAUGUCCAGUUUUCAAAAGACUCCAGCUCCACGUUAAUGAGUGAAUACUUACGAUGCUCUUAGUUUCCACCGAAUAAACUUUGAAAUAUGUAUGUAAACGCUGAGGACUGGGAUGUUGACUUUGCCUUUCCAAAUUUUAUCGUAGAUUUGUUUUGAUGAGAACGAAGCUGUUGUAGAAUUACUGAAUUGUAACCUUACCGAGGAAGAGAAUUCUAGUCCCUGUUUGAAAAUUUUAACGCAGAUCACAAUUGAAGACCAGAAUGAACUGGCAGAAAGAGGUUUUCCCAAAAACAAUUAACGAGCGAAUCCUUCGACAAUGACAAGAAACUUACCUUGAAAAGUUUCCUUGCCUUUUGCAGUGUUUUUUUCACAGGGACAAACGGAGGAAAGAUGGAAACGACUCCUAGACAGAGACAGUGUCCGGUUUCCAAAAUACUCCAGCGUUACAUUAAAGAGCUAAAACUUACAGUGCUCUUAGUUUUGACCAAAUAAACCUUUUUAACAUGGCGAGUUUGUUUUUACUUUCUCGCAAGCCUUUAUGUGCUAUUGUUUUCGUGCCCCAAUAAAAACUUUCUUUUUUGACACCUGUCAAAUGAUUGUCAAAUCGUGCGUCCUGCACUUGUUUCCGUUCCCCAAAAAAGGAAGAAGCCAUAUAAUAAACAUCUUGUCAGCCUUGUUUUUUUGGUCCGUACUGUAAAUUACGGAUCCUCGUUUUUUCCAUCGAUUUAUGGCCCAAGCGUGGAAAAAAAACGUGGUCCGUAAUUUACAGUACGGACCGAAAACGUGGCUAAUAAGAGGUAUGUAUUGCCAGCCAGCCUUAAUGCCUUCAUGGUUACUUAUAAUUUUUUUGUUUGGGUCCAAUUUUUGGCCAUUUUCAACCUGGCAGGUCAUUAAAAACAUGUCUUUUUUGUGAAAUGGCUAUGUCUGAAUUAUCUGUUGACUGACUAUGUUAAUUACUUAGUUCUCAAGAUAAUUAGUGUCGCUUGCGUGAGCAGCGAGACUCAUAAUCUGCAAGCUGUUUCUCUUCGUAUUUAGGACACAAAAAGGGGAAUGCUCCCAGGCCUUCCUAGCGGAGACCGUGGAAACUGGGAUUAAGAAACAUUGGGUGACCGAAGCCAUGCAUAUUUUGCGAAGAAAGGUUAAGAAAGAUUAAAUUUAGAGCUUUUCCGGAAUGGGUCGGUCCACAGAUGCGGUUUAUUUUUAGUGAUAAUUGAAAUGACGCGCCAUGUUCUCAUCAUGUUUUUUAUUUCUGGCAAUGAUGUAAUUUCUCUGGAAUCGAAGCCCUUAAAUUUUCGAGUAAUUAUUCAUGCAUAUUGCCUGCUACCGCAGACAUAUUUGCAGUUAUCGCCAACACGUGUUCUAAAUCAAUUCAGAAACAAAUCGUUGAAUAUGAUAUAAAAAGUCAAUAUCCUGAAGAAUACUCGACCAUUGAUGGUGAAAAAGUUUUAGCGAGUAAAUCCUGUUUUGUGUGGAAUAAGGACACUCUUACAGCGGCAGUCAGUCUCGCUUGCGUGGAGAUUAGAUCGAGAAAUGAGGAGGUGAUUAUUUCUACAGAAAACAGGAUUUACUUGCUUAAGGUUUUUUACUUCCUACUUUAUCGACGUCGAUACAUUUUAUUUGUUUCUGAAUUGAUUUAGUACACCUGUUAACAAGGACCAGAAAUAUGUCCGGUUGCAGGCUAUACACUUGUAUAAAUACACAAAAAUUCAAGGGCCUCGGUUCCAGAGAAAUUACAUCAUUGCCAGAGAUCCAAAAAAUGAUUUACAUGGCGCGUCAUUUCAAUCAUUGACGAAAAUAAACUGCAUGCUCAUCACAUGACCAUGCAUUUGCAUACAAUGAAUGUUCCAAAGUAAUUAACGCUUCAAAGUGAUAGAAUUCGUGGAGUGAAACCAUUCGGAAAGCUCUAAAUUUAAUCUUUGCUAAGCUUUCUUCCCAAAAUAUGUGUGGCUUCGAUUGCACAAUGAUUCUUAUUCCCAGUUUCCGCGGUUUCCACUAAGAAUGCCUGGCACAAUGACCCCUCUUUUGUGUCUUAAAUACGAAGAAAAACCUGUUGCAGAUUAUGAGUCUUGCUGCUUAUGCAAGCGAGACUAAUUAUCACCUCAUUUCUACAAGUGAGACUAAACGCUGAUUUCAAGAGAGUUCUUGUUGAUUAUAAACUUGCAUAGAAUGUUCAUGUCUGGCUUUUAAACAUUUUGCUAUACAUCUAUAAUAAUUUUAUGAUAUUUUUCAACUAGUACAUUAUUUAUUUGUUUUCAGAAGCACAUUUGAACAGAGCUCAGUUACAGAGGCACUAUCAAGUGAAGUUGGGAAAAUGAAGACUGGCUUGGGAGAUAUUCUUACCGUAAGUGAACCACCAGUAAAUUUGUAGUAACUCUGUAUUGCCGACAUAGUUUAAAACAUUGCACACAAGGUUUUCCAAAAUAACAAGGAGUACAGGGCUAAAGGUUAAUGAUUGCUCUAUUAACUGUGCACAAGUCUUUCAUAUACUUGUGGGGGGGGGACAGGGGGGCGGGAGGGGUACGAGAGAUGGGAGAAAAAAGGGCGGGAAGUGGGAUCUCUAAGAUGUCGGGAGGCUGGAGAGAAAUUCAAAAAGGCAAGCUUUCUUUGUUUGUUACUGCUUAUCAUCCAAUCAAAGAAACAAACCCAACAACGUUUCUUGACUCCUAUUUAGCACUCUCAGAGGCUUAAAGCAAAAAUUUAUAGGCAAGAAAAGUUGAAAACGAAAAUUUGUACUUGGGAUAAAAAAAUAGACAGCAUUACUUCCGAUGAAAUUGGAAACCUUUCCAAGUCGCUUACAUCAUAGGUCAUGAAUGAGAUGGCAUGACACAUGUACACCUGUGUCAGUUGUGUCAGUGUCUCGUCUGUCUUGCUAGAUGUCAAAAUUCUAUGCAAGAACAACCCAGCAAGUCAGGUCAAAGGUCGUCAAAGAUCAUUUUGAUUGGUCUCAGUAUUUUUCGGCGUGGUAGGGAAAAAAUCCGUCCAUGGAAGACCUUCCUGGGAACUCACUUCGUAUGACUGUAGAUCACAAAACUCUAAAGAUUUUGCCACGUGGUGUAAACUUGAGUCGAAGGAAUGCCGCUUCAAUGAUCGUGCUGGAGAGUGCAGAGUGGUUCGAUUUACAACACAAUUUUCUUAUUUUGGACAAGGCCAAAGCACUCCCUAUUAGAAUAGCCUGCGUGGCAGGCGCAAAAAGGGGAGGGGGAGGGGGAGGGGGAAGGGAGAAAGGGAAAAGGGAAGGGAGCGCCUGCUCUAAGAGCCUAUGUUUUUGUAUAACGCCUACCAAUUUUCUAGUAAUCCGAUUACGCUUACUGUCAAUCAAGUGUCGCUACACUCGCCAUUGCAGAAAAACAUUAUACUCACGGACUAAAGAAAUUCGCUUAGUUAUUCAGAUCCAGAAGACACUUUGGAGAAAAUUGGAACCCUUAUUCUGCCGUAAUAAAAAAAGCUUUACGCUUCAAAAGAGGUCAAAGAAAUUACGCUUGCAUCAGAAGGCAAAUCCUGCCGACCAGAUGACAAUAACUACAGUCAAUCGAUAUGUAUGUCAUGACCUCUCAGUGUGAAACAUGCGGCUAAAAUAACAUUUGCUCAGUAUAAAUGCAGAACCUUCCAGAGCAUAAUCUACCCAGCAGAUAAAAACAACCUUAUUGUAAUAAGCAGCAUUUUGGCAUGAGGUUAAACCACCCUCUUUUAUUGCUAAGUUACAUCGGCGAAUGUCAUCGUUCGAUAAAUUGUUGGCUAAAUCUUUCGCUGGGUAGCCCCACAAUUCCAUCUCCUGCAACUCUUCGAUAAUACUUUUCAGUGGUGAAAUGACGAGAAUCGCGGCAUUACCAUUUAGCUUGUAGUUCUUCGCGCGUACAAACAUUUGGAGCCCUUACUGCUGAUUCUUGCUCUGGUUUUAAAACAGUUUCUCUACUACUAGAUAAAUUCACAUCUCUCAAAGCACUCUCUACGACAUCCACGUCUACCUCUGCCAUCUCGACUGUUUGUUGAUUUGUGAAACGCGCAUUUCAAUAUGUUACUCAUUACGGCUCAGCCAAUCAGGAAUUUGCGGACGCCAGCGUCCGCAGAUAUGAACAAAAGGGGGUUCUUAGAGCAGGCGUCCCCUCCCCCUCUCCCCAAUCCCCCUCCCCUUUUUCCCUUCCUCCCUAUCCCCUACCCCCUACCCCUUUCGACGCCUGCUACGCAGGCUAUAUUAGAAUAGGGAAUCAAACAGUGUGGGAAGGUAGCUGUCUGGUUGGAUUUCAUUGACAACAAAGAUAAAAUCAUAGCAAAAGAUUACGAACUGCACGGUAGGUGUGAUUUCCUAUACUAUGCACUGUAAUAAUAUUUUACAUUUUUCGUAGUUGCCAUCAGUGAUUGGUUCUCUCCCUUUAGCUUGCUCCAAGAGAUUUUUCUCAGGGUACUGCAGUUUUCCCCUCUCCUCGAAAACUAACAUUUCCAAAUUCCAAUUCGACCAGGAAUCAGGUAGACGAAGAACCACUAAGUGGAUGUGCUACCUGCAAAUCGUUAUUUAUUUAUUUAUUUUAUUGAGUGACAAAAGUAGUACUAUACAUGAAUAUGGUUAUAUGCAAUUAGUACAAUAGAUGCUGGGGGAACUAGACAGGAGUACUGAACUCUACUGAAACGUUUGGCUCUUCGACUUCAUUUUUAAAUGGCAUGAUCCCGGUAAUUUCCGGAUUCCUAAAUGCAUGUUAAUGCAUCUUUGAUAACUGCAAUAGCUAUUACACUGCACAGUGGACUAAGACUACAGCUGCAACUAUUUUUGCUGUAGUGGGAUGUCAGAAGGGAUGGUCAACAAGGGCAGAUUUUGGGCUGGGCCCAGCCCCCCUUUUGUGGUUUAUGAAAUAUUUCAGUAUUACAUGUUCAAUAUGGAAUCCAGGCAUUUGUAAAAAUUUAAGCAUCCAGAAUGCACUAGAUUGCAUCUCAGAGAACUUCAAAAAUUUUCUCAAAAAUUUUCCCAGAGGAGCAUGCAUCCGAAACUCCAUAGAAAAGUGCGCUAUUCGCAGUCCUGAUGGGCACUAUGAUGCCCAUAUUGCCACUGCAUACUAUAUCUCUAGGACCUCUGUUUGCCCCUCGUUUCCUAGAUAACCAAGUUAGUGAAAACUUAGUUUAACUAAGAAAACUGACCUGUAACAAUUUUCAUCUUUGGCAAAUUACUCUACAGCUUUAACACUAAACUGGGGCUUCUGAUCUUUUUAAUUUACAUGAUAACAAGAGAAACACAAUGAAGGGCGGGAGUCGGGAGACAAAGGGACGAAAAAGGAACGGGAAGCGGGAGAACGGGGUACAGGAAGCAGGAGGUUGUGACCACCCUGUCCCUCCCCCCCCAUACUUGAUGACAAGCCUCACAUUGCAUAUUUCAACCCCACUGAGCUUUGUUUUACCCCAUUUACAAUACAAUCAAUGGUGACUUUUUGGGGGGAGGUCAAGCCUGGUCUGAAAUUUGAAAUGGAUCGUUUACAAACAUUUCAGGUUGAAUAGAUUGGUCUAGUCCGGCGGCAUAGCUCGAAAUUUCAGGUGAAUGGCGCUGUGCACAUUUUAUAAUUAUAGAUAGACUCCCUAUGUGACUCACACAAGCUUUGCAGUCAGUUCAAAGGCUUUGUAUGAGGGGGAUGUGUUUCUGACAAGAAAAUGAUCAAUAAAAUCACAAACAAAUGGUUUUUCAACAUUUUUAAACCUCAUUAUAGGAACUUAAAGGCAGUAAUGCUAUAGUGCAUGAAAAUCUGACCCAGAUAUUUCAAACGAGGACUUAAAAUCUGAUAUUUAGGCGACUCGGUAGCUUCUUUGUAGGCUAAUGAAAUCCGAUUGUUGGACUUUGUCACAAUGCAACAUGCCCACAAACAAGACAAGGAAUACUGUGAGUUAUUUGUCAAAAACAAAGACGGAUGAAAGAAAAAUAGUUGAUUUUGUGUUCUUUCUUCGUAUCAGAAGCCUGUGGCAAGAUUUAAAAGAGCCCUAAACUGACAAAAGCAGAUUUUUUAGCUACCAGUUUUGCAGCCAGGUAUGUAGGCCCCGAUUCAUCAAUAAACAGAUUUCAGCGAGUUUUCUGCACAUGUAGUGUCGAACAGUAAUAUUUUGCUGCUGAUAUUUCCAUUAACUAUUUGUAGUCUAAUAUAUGUAUAUUGAUUCAGGCCAACGGUCCACAAGUUUUUACAGAAGAGAGGCUUUACUUCUACUACAUUUUGUAAUUGAACUAGGAUAAAAUGUACUCCAUCAGUUAGAAUAAUUUUACAGCCUAAAACAAGUAAAUAAGAGCACUUUCACUGCCUGUAUAAAAUUGAUUCUUUGCCGCUAAUUGCCAUCCAAACCAGUUCUUUGUCUAUGCCAUUUUUUUGCACCCUUACCUCAGUUCUUAGUCACAUAUAACUUAAAACCUCGUGGCUCAGCAGUCUCAACAUAGUGACUUCGUGCGAUGAAUAGCACUGCUCCGUACAGUUCUGUAUUUUUCUCUUCAGUAUCAUAAGGUAAUCAUUUUGUGUAUAUCUUAACAGAAGUAAACUGCAUUAACAUGAUAGUCUUAAAAAAUGACCAGCAAAGGCAGGCCAACAAGACUUUUCCAUACAAAUAGCUAAUGAUAACAACACUUUGACUGUUGUCUGAGUCACAGCAGAGACCAGCAAUUUGUUCCGUCAUCCUGUGCGCAGCGCUAUUGUGCACUUUUUGAUACAAGCAUGAAAUUUGGCACACUGAUAUAGUAGUCACUAAUACAAGCAUUUUCAGAUAUAGUGCCAAGCCAGAAUUACGUCGGUUUCCACAGAAACCUCUUGCAAUUAAUUAAAAUUCUUGAAAAUUCAACAAAAUUUAUUUUUCCUAGUUUAUCAAGACAAAGUAUCAUUUCAUUCAGUGAUACCAACCUGUUUACUAUGUACAUCUUGUUUAUCAUACGUACAUAACCAUGUACGUCUUGUAACCUUAACUAUGCAUUAAUUGCCUUGGCAACGGUAAGCGACAGAAAGCUAAAACUACAACUAAAACGGCUGUUUAAAAUUAAUGUGCCUUUAGUUUUAUUGAUUAUUAUAUGUAAAACAACUAACAUUUUUGCAUAUAGCUUCCUCUCAUUGCCUAGUUGAUUUCACAUUUUUGUUACAGAAUAAACUUAAGGUGCUUCUCUAGUUUUGCACUGUGCACCUCUCACUGUGCAUAUCAAGACCGGCCUCCGUGAAAAAGAGCUUUUUAGCUUCUGCAGAAACAUUGAUAGAAGAGAAACUUUUGUGGAAUUUCCCAUAGCAAUUUUCCUGGCCAAGAUAGGUCUCAAAGUGUUGGAAAUGCACAUAUUCCAAGCAGUACACAUGUUGUUAACUUCGACGUACCUUCCUUACCGAGGCCUAUGAUAGUCAAUGUUGUGCUGAACCACUUUAAAUGACAUUCAAGCUUCAUUGUUAUCACAUUAUGUCAUACUUGCAAUAGCUUUAAUUAUCUCGAUGUAAUCUAUUUUUUUCAAUGCAUUUUUCCACGUACAUGCCGUUUUGAAACUUGCCCCAGUCCUUGCUUAUUUGGAAUAAAUGCAGGUGGUGUGCACUUUCUGCAACUCCACCACAAAAACAAAUACUUACAAAAAGUGGAACCUUGAUAUAACGAAGGGUCAAAGGACUGGCAAAAUUUGUCUGUUAUAACAAGGUUUUGUUAUAUAGAGGUUCAUUAUAUCGAGGUUCCAUUGUAUUUUAAUUCAUGGUUUCAAUAACAACAAUAGUUGCUUUCAAUAAGAAAAAAAUGGCAAUAAUCUAGAUUUAUGUUCAGUAUUUUGGCAAUUCCAUGAGCAGCAGAGAAGGAAGUUGUAUUACACACUGCUAGGGCAUGGAAGGCAGGUACAAACUUCUAUUUAGAUGGGACAAGGGCUUUGUAAAGAGAUAAGUGGGUAGGAUGCUGUGGUUUUUUGUCCCAAAAGGACACCCAAAAUUCCUUCAAGUCUAAAUAAGCCUGUUCCAUGAGGCUCCAAGAGAGUGGGGAAAAUGGAGCAAAGUAAAAAGGGUGAAAGUUUGAAUCAUGACUGACUAGUGAUCAUUUUCUACUGCAUCGAUCAGCUACAUGAACUAUCAUAGUUUCAUGUGUGCUUCUUCUACGUGUGAACAGAAACAUACUUGAGCAUGUUCGUUCGCUGCUGUAGAUUCCUACAGGCAUUUUUCUUUUCAUCAUGCGAUCCAGUUUCAUCCUGUUAAACACAUUGUGACAAGCUUGAUCUAUGCCACAUAUAUAGCAAAAUAUAAAAGAAAAAACUGUCAGUUUAAAAGUAAGAAGUAAGACAUAGGUUAAUUCUAAGAUGCAAUAAACAGAUUGAAAUAGAUUCUUUUCUAGCUGCACAGACUGCAUGGAGUCGCAGGCAUAUUUAGAAUGAGAUAGAGCAAACUCUGACCAUCCGAACCAUAGAGAAAGAAGACUAAAAGCAUGUGCAGAUAAAUUCCAAAUUAUGGCCUGUAUUUUUAUAUUGAAGAAAUAAAGAAAAUAACCAUUUGCAUCAAUUUAGCAUGUGUAUUGUUGUACCUGUAUUUUGACAUAAGACAUGCAUUAAAUCUAAACAAAAUUAAGAGCAAGACAAAGUACUUCACUUAAGCUUGGCACUAUAUCAGUAAAUGAUCAGCCUGGGAAUGUAAGUAUUCCUACAAUGUUUGCUGCUUGUAUCAAAAAUCAUAAUUCUCGAGCUAAGCUGCUGUACUAGUCAAAAAGAAUUCUUACUAAGAAAGACUGAGGAAACUAGGAAAGGCUGAAGUCACAAGUACUCAUUCAUUCAAAUGGAAUCCCGUAGCUGGCUGCUGGGCACAAUUUUCCUCACUGAGGUUGUGCAGUACAUAAUGCAGUCAAGGCCAAGAUUAAAGGGGAUAUAUAUCAGAGCACCUUGAGACUUUUAGAUCAACUUCAAGAGACUUUGCACAGAUAUUAGCAUGCAGUGAAAUAUGCACUUACUUGAAUCCCAUACCUAAAAACUGAUUGGGGUAGAAAAGCAACUUUUUAUUAGGUGCAUUAAUAGUCCAUUUUUGAGUUCGCUGUGACCGCUGAAUUAAAGAAGUGAAGACGCAUUUUUUACAGCCUUAGCCUCAAUCUGAAGUAAUAUAUUCACAAAUUCCAACGAAAAAAAAGACCUGUUUAUUACUCUGUCUAUUGUGUAUAUUCAAAUUUCAAACACUUACUUGCCAGAAUUUCUGAAUAUUUUACUUUACGUCAAGGCUAACCCUGUAUGAAUGUGUCGUUAGGGAAAGUUCAUUUAAUAUGACAAGGGGGGGAUGAAGAUAUUGAGGGGGGGCUCCAAAAAUUUUUAGACACCCGAAGGGGGGGCUCUGAAAAAAUUGUUGCGCUAGGAGGGGGGCUCCAAAAAUUUGUAUACUUCAAAACCAACACAUGACAUCAUCAUACAGAUCGGAUGGUUUUCAACUCAACAAUUUAAUGACCUGUGCAACUCAGCUAUAUCACGUGGUUUACAGAUAUAACAAAUGUAGUCUCAGUAAUUGUUACACUCUUGUUCAUCCCAAAAAUGCUUUAGAAAAUUGUAACACAACUGUAUCUCAAGUUUGUCAUAGUAUAAACCAUUGAAGACAAUAACGGUAAAUAUAUUUAAUACAGUCUAGCAAUCUUUUUUCAGGAGAGCAAAGGAAUUGAAGGAGGAGGGCGGGGGGGCUCUGAAAUUUUUUUCGACUACCAAGGAGGGGGCUCCUAAAAAAUUGAACCGCUAGCGAGGGUGGCUGCUAAAAUUUCAAGCUUCGAGUUUCAAUAUCUUCAUCCCCCCCCCUUGUCAUAUUAAAUGAACUUUCCCUUAAUGUUUAUAUUCAGCCGUAAUUUUUAAUUCAAAACUGGACUAUUUAGCAACUGUAUAGUCAUGUUAUUUGGUAGUUUAAGUGAUUUUUUUCAUAUUAUUGUCUUUUAAAAUCUUAGUAAGAACCUCCCAGAAAACCCCUUUAAUGUGAUGAGAUUAUUAUUUUAUUUAUUUAAUAUAAGUGAGAAAAUAGCUGUUUAAUAGGCCAUGCACUUGCACUAAGAGGCCACGUGACCAAUGCUUCCUAUGAACAAUGAGUUUGAAUCUUGCUGAUGCCAAAACUGUUAGAGCACACAAAAAUUAUCUUACACCCGAAAUUUGAGAGGAAACGCAUUUAAGGGAGAUAUUUUAUGGCACUUUGAUUUUUCAGCAAAGUAGUAUGAUUUGUAUUAGCCGCCAUGUUGGAGGGCAUGCUUUUCCCUCCAACAUAGCAGCCAAAACUACUUCUUGCUCAUAUCUUGUUCAACGUUUCAUAUUUACGCUCAGAUGUGCUGUAAACGUUAUCACAUCAUCUUUUCAACAUUUUCCUUGAAGUGUAAGUGCAAAAUUUGUGUUCAGAGAGAGGUAAUUCAUAAUUUUAAAAAUCACAUUUUGGUGACGUGACCAUUUACGAACUUAUUCAUUUUAAGAAAAUGGUUCGGGUUUGAAAAACCAAAUUACCAUUAUUUUGUUUAAGGUAUGACCCACUACGUCGUACGUCUUUCGAAGGCAAAAUCAUAUAACUUUCAUUUUCAUAAAAACGAUGUCACAUGCGUCUUAGUGCAAAUUAAUGGCCUAUUAGGUUUCAGCCAACAGCUUGUUGGCAAAGCUUUUUUUUAUCAAUAAUUAGUAUAAUUAAUACAUUUUGUAUUAAGUUAAAAGACAUAGCUAUAGGCAAUGUAAGUGAUUUUCAGGAAGUGUAAUGGCUGAGAAUCUGACUAGUGUUAAAUAAAAAAAAAAUUUUCUCUCUUAUUGUUUCCAGUUGUUUAACAGGGUCCGAAAUUAACCAUUUUUAUGCAGAUGCCAAGUGGUGACUGAAAAUUUAUUUUUUAGUUGCCAGAUGCAGAAUUCUACUUGCCAGCAAGUGCCCAUAAAAUUUUUGCUUAACAGGGAAACACGCUUAAAACAUUAUUUUAAUAAUCGUGAACGAAUGCAAAAGUCAGACUGCCAUGUACAAAAAGGCAUUAUAUGAUUGUGUAGCUUAGGCUUAGGACUUUUCAUUAAAUAGAUAGCGCUCUUGGUUUAAAGACUGCCUUUCCAAGUACUUGUGCACCAUGUUGCUUGUACUAUUUCACUUCGGAACAAAAAUAAUAAAUGUUCGUAUGGAUCGUACCAGUCUCCCACCUUCUGUGAUUUCGUUUGCCCGUAAAGAGAUAAAUGCUUUUUGUAUUUUCUUACCCUAAAUUGUUUUCUAUGGAGAUUAAAAUCUUUGACAAGACAAGGGGGAACUUUCAUCUGGAAUCAAAUGCAAUCAUUUUCCAUUUAAAAGAAAAUUAAUUCCUUGAGCACCCACGCUUCUAAACAUUGACAAGGCAAUGACAGUUAGUCGCCUGCUGGCGACUAGCCCUGAAAUUCUAAUCGCCAGUGCUAUAUUUUCAGUUGCCUUGGCAACCAGCUGGUCGCAAUUUCAGACCCUGUGUUUACUGAUUCUAAUUCAUUUGUUGGGUACAGGAGAUGAAAAGCCUCAAACAAGAACUUAUUGACCAUCAGCUCCAUAAGGUACAUUAAUAAUUUUGAUAAUGCUGUUAAGUAGCUUCUGAUGGUUCUAGUCCUCCAAUCCAUCUUAAAAAAAUGACCAUGACAAAAUCCUGGCAGAUCUUGAUGUUCAAAACAAAUCUAGAUGCAUUAUAGGAAAAUUACUCACUAGAUCAGGUCAGGGUCAAAUGCCCUUCUUUACAUGAAUGAGAUUGAUGAUCAUUAUUGUUAAUCUUCAUGCUUACUCCAGCCAUGAAGCAGUCCUAAAUAAAGGUGAAAGUACCCAGUAGUAGUGAAAGUUUUAACUCAAGUUUGUAAAAAAUGAAAAUGACAAUAAAUUUACUUGCCUCUUUAAAGACCACAAAAAGCUGUAAAUUAGGACCAUAAAAGUGUCUCGAGAAAGGAUUUGAAGAAACUAUUUCUUAUAUUCUUUUUUCAAUAGGAUAAUGUUCCUAGUAAUUCCAGUACAUCAGAUUUUAGACCUGUUGGUCCAUCUCCCCUUGAUGAAUAUCUGGUGAGUUUAUAUUUAAAUAAAAACAUUAUCCCCUAGAUAAAGUGAAAGGGUGCGUUGGCUCUCAUAACAGUUAUGAGGGUUCCCAAUAGUGAAGAGUUCUUCUUUCCCUUCUUUUCGACCCAGAAUUUCAGUCUAUCCCGUAGUCCUGAUGACUAUUUUUUGAUAUCCCACUGUAAAUCCUCUAUUAAGCCCUCCCCUCAAAUAAGCCACCUCUCUCUAAUAGACCCCCCCCCACCUCCCCCUUGUCAGGGGAAGAAAGUUAAUAAGCCCCUCCCCUCCCCCUUCUUAUUAUUCUCUAAUGAAUGAUAGACUGCAUUAAUCAAUCAUGACUAAAACUUUGUGUUGACUAAUCUGGGAUGGUUUAUUCACCAAAUGGAAGUUCAAUUCACGGAUUUGUUCUUCAUUCUUGGCUGCAUGACCUCCAACUUCUUGUACUUGAGCUUUUCCACUUUGUAUUCUAGUUCUUUAUAAUGGAGAACUGAUACCAUUGUCUUUGCUAAAUUAAAUAUUAAGGGAAAGUUCAUUUAAUAUGACAAGGGGGGGGGGAUGAAGAUAUUGAAACUCGAAGCUUGAAAUUUUAGCAGCCACCCUCGCUAGCGGUUCAAUUUUUUAGGAGCCCCCUCCUUGGUAGUCGAAAAAAAUUUCAGAGCCCCCCCUCCUCCUUCAAUUCCUUUGCUCCCCUGAAAAAAGAUUGCUAGACUGUAUUAAAUAUAUUUACCGUUAUUGUCUUCAAUGGUUUAUACUAUGACAAACUUGAGAUACAGUUGUGUUACAAUUUUCUAAAGCAUUUUUGGGAUGAACAAGAGUGUAACAAUUACUGAGACUACAUUUGUUAUAUCUGUAAACCACGUGAUAUAGCUGAGUUGCACAGGUCAUUAAAUUGUUGAGUUGAAAACCAUCCGAUCUGUAUGAUGAUGUCAUGUGUUGGUUUUGAAGUAUACAAAUUUUUGGAGCCCCCCCUCCUAGCGCAACAAUUUUUUCAGAGCCCCCCCUUCGGGUGUCUAAAAAUUUUUGGAGCCCCCCCUCAAUAUCUUCAUCCCCCCCCCUUGUCAUAUUAAAUGAACUUUCCCUAAGCCCCCUGAUAUAAGCAUAUAUGCAGUCUAUCAAAAUUAAGAAGCCAUUGCAAUGUUCAGGCUGUUUUCUUGCAUCGUUUGUCAAAGAAAUCACAAUGCCAAGUUCAAACCAUGGCUGAAAACUCAGAAAACAACAAACAGUUUGUAACUUCUUAAGCUCCUCAGCUAGAGGAAGAAGAUCUUCAAAAGUAAGAUAAGUUUCUUCAAGCCAAGCACACUCAGUUCAAGCAAUAAUGCCAAACUGUUAGUUUAACAUUUUGUACACAUAGGGUUCGUACCGGUUCCGGAAAUCCAGGAAAGUCCUAGAAUUUUAUUGUCACGUUUGGAAAAAUAUUGCUGGUCCUGGAAAGUCCUGGAAAUCUGUUAAACUGAAUAAAGUAAUAAUGUUUUCCUUAAAACAAAUGAGAAAACGUUUUUGAGAAUUAUUAUUAUAACAUGCUAUGCGUCUGUGGUUUUGACUGCAUAAAAUAUUUCUCUUUCAUGUUUUUCCCAGUACAUAGUCCCUUAGUAACCUGGAGAUAUGCAUGAUUUCAUAAGUUUGAGAUUUAUGCAUCAGUCGAUGGUUGUCCUUAGUUUUAAACAUUUUUAUUCUUAAAUAUUCCUGGUAAAUGUUCGUUUAGUGAUGGUGACCGUUGGUUGAAAAACUCUUCCUAUACAAUGUGGUUGGAAUGUGACAUGGACAAUAUUUUGAAGCAAAAUGCAAAGUUUGUUGGAAGGCAUUUGAUGUAUCAAACAUGGGAGAAUCAGCACUGAAAAGCCACGAAAGGGGAAAGAAGCAUAUUUAUCUGAUGGAAACACAACAUCUCCUUUGAAGAUCCAUGAAGUUGAAGCCUACCGACAAAUAACAGCACGCAGUUAGACUACAAGAAAGUUGAUGUUGGCUUUGUGGCACAACAGAUGCUGAAAGAAAAGUGUUAGAAAUUUGUGUGAAAGGCAAGUUCUUCAAUUCAAAAUGGAAUGUAAAGAUUUUCUUGCAAAAGCAGCUUCUAAACUUCUUGACAAACCACCAAUAAAUUAUCGGCUAGUAAGAAAUAUGCUAAUGGCAUUAGAGAAAGAAAUGUGUGUCAGCAAAAUGAAAAGAGUUCUUGAAAUUCUUGUGGAAGGCCACAGAUUGAAGACUAAUGAGUGUGAUGAGGAGAUAUAUCAGUCUGGACAGUUUCUGGAUGAAUGUGCAGGUGUUAUCCUACCUCUGAAGAUUUUGACCCAAGUGAACCCAUUUCAAGAGUUGACAUGCUGUUGUAUGAACACAUGCAUGUGUGGCUUGUGAUAAGCAACUGGCUAUAAAGUGUCAGUGGAGUGUGGUUAAAUUACUGCUGCUAAUGUCUCAUGGUCAAUCCACAGUUAAUAGACUGAGGUUUUUUUGUAAACAAAGAAGUGGCAGUUGAGAACCCAUCAGAAAGAUCAUUCAUGGUCACAUUGAAUCAGUUGGAAGCCUUGUCAAUUACCAAAUCUGAAAGCAACUUCAUUUGUCAUCUUUUGGAGCUUGACAGAAUUACCUUUCCUAUCUAGAAGAGCAGAAGAGUUAAGCCUCCCAGGAAAAAUUGCUUAAAUGAAAGGCAACAAUGGAUGAAAUCGAUUUGCUUAAGGAAAAGAAAUGGUAGUUGAAACUGAUAUAGAGGCCCUUCUGAUUACUGUAGAUGAAUUUGCUGAUAGGGCGGAAGAUUCAAGAAACCUUACUUGGGUUGCCAAAUCAAACAGUUUGCGAAGAUCUGCCAUGGAAAAGAGGGCAGCCUGGAAAGGCAUUGAUGAGCAGUUGGAUAAUAAUUCUACUAACUAUCAACCAUGGAUUUCUUAUGUUACCUCUGAGAAUUUAGUGUUUAAUCAAUUUGUUGAUAUUUUAUUUUUUUUCUUUAUUGUCCUUAUUUGUAUGGCUGGCAAUGUAAUGAAAUUGAAAGUAGAAAUAAAUAAAUAUUAUUUGUCACUUCUGAGAGUGAAAGGGUUAAUUGUGAAAUUUGGAGUCCUGGAAAAAAUCAAUCUGAAUAAGCUUGGAAAAGUCCUGGAAAUUGUGAAAAAGGGUACGAACCCUGUACACAUGCAUGUACAUUUAAUUUUAGCACUUACAUGCUAAGCUUUCAAGUUUAUUAUAGUUUUUAAAAACCUGUUGGCAACCAAAAUUUCAAUCUGGGAGCCCUGAUGGGUGCCUUAAAAUUAUGAUUCUCAGUUUAACUUUCAGUGAACAGACGACAAAAUUCCCUUCUCAUUCCGUAAUUCUGAAACGAUAACAGAAAACUUUUAAUCAUUGGCCGUUGGCAAAAAAAUAUUCCGCUGAUAAAAGGUAAACAAACAAGCACUAUGUCUUGAAAUUAGCUUCUGUGACUUCCGCUGUUAAAGUUUCUUGUCUGAAAAUGACAUUGAAUGAAUUUAAUAGUCUUCAAAAAACCUUUGAUAAUAGAAUCAUGACUUUCCUUCAGUGUUAGAAACUGAUAAAACGUCGUGAUCCGUGGAAAAGCAAGAGCUUUCAAAUUACACUUGACAUAGGAUAUGGUAACUUUUUCAACUAUGUAGCGUUUUCUAUCUUGCUAUGAACACGAACGGUACACUUGGAGGUUUCUUGUAUCAUUUAUUCAGCGUUAUCUACACCUCUUUUUCUUUGCUGUACGUUUUCUCAAGUAGUUUAAGGAGUGGGACUAAGGGGUGUGGAAAAUGAUUUAUUGGCUAUAACUUCGCCAUAGAUCUGAUAGAUGAUGGCGCUGAAUCAAAAUUUGGCACACAUAAAGAACUCAUCGUUCUUAAUAUUUGGAAGUAUAAAUACUAUAUAAUGUUAAUAAGUCACAUGACAUGUCGCUUGACCAUUUUGCUAAAAAUCUUAAAUUGUUGACCAAUUGGUGUCCUGUUCAAAAAAAGAAAUCUAGCAAUAACAUUUUUCUAAUUCAUGUUAAAUAUUUCUAACACUUCACGACUGGAAUGACCGUCCAGCACUUCAAUAAAAAAUGAUGAGGGAAAACAUCAUUUUAAAUGCCCAAAUUUAAGCUUUAAUUAUUUAAAUCUUUGAUUUUAAACUUCGCGUACAUUCAUUCCAAACGUAUUCAAACCAAUUCACCAAUUUCCUUUAUUUUCAAUUUUUGGUCUCGUGACAUGUCACAUGACCAUAAUUAAGUGUUAAGGCACAAGAAAACCUCAGUUUUUGUUCUAACUAGGGCUCCUAGCGAAUGAUAAUUAUGUUGCCAAACAUCCACAUGCUUCAAACACAUUUUUGACCCAGGCUUUAAACCUCUUGAGUUGUGGUAACUUUUGAAAGGUUCGUAAAAACAUUCCAGUUUUUUAAAAUUAUUCUCAGCGACUAUUCAAGAUCAUAUUUCAAUCUCUUUUUAAUUUAUGUCCUCAUGUGUGACACACAUAAAUACAAACCUUCAGAAAUAUAAGAACAGUGUUGUGAUAGUUCAAAAGAUAGACUUGAUACAAAAAUGCUGAAUCAAUUUUCCAAACUCCCAGAUAAAAAAUCUUUCGUUGGUCCUUUUUUAUCACCUAAAAACUUAAACUUAACUUUGCUUUUUUUAAAAGUGUACACGCAAGUGCUGUUGGUCUGUACGUUCGCUGAACAUGCGAAGGUUAUACUUAUGUUUCACCAGAAAUAAAUCGUUUCACGAAAUCCUAUCGAUUGGUGAAUAUAAAAAAUGCUUGUUUCUCGAAACUCGAGACUCGGUUUUCGUGUUUUGAAACUGGAUUUGUUCGAGUCCAUAAGGCUUCCCGACUUAAAUAAGGAGGAUCGAAGGGCCUCUACUUGCAGGGUAUCAUUUGGUAAGCAACAUCAAUUUCAAUCAGUCAAUCAAUUUAUUUAAAGUCAUUGCGUGGGAUUGAGGUUGCCCUCAGUAUCCGAGCCGGGGGCUCAUGUGUGAAGCUUGUGACAAACGUCAGCAAAUUAAAGACAGAUCUUUCCAGCGAUACCUCGUUUUGGAUAUUCUGACCAAUCCUGACAGAGUUACACUCACAAAAAAGGUAAAAUUUUGGGGAAAAAUCUGCUACCAAUUUCACUGUUUGCUUACUACCCUUUGAAGAUUAAAUUUGUCCCUUUCCUAAAAACUUAGCCACCCAUCCACAAUUCCAAGCAAUAGAAAGACGAUAAAGUGGGCAACAUUUAAAACUGCUAAUAAACAAGAAAGGCAAAGGAAAAAAGAGAGAGCGAGAGAGAAAGAUUGAAACAGAUUUGCAAAAAAAGUCCAAAUUUUGGCUUUUGCGCAUGCCUGAAAAACAAAAAAGCUGUUCAAUUACAUCAGAUUAGUUGGAAAAUAUGCUUUUUUUUGCAAAACUCAUUUUUAGCCAUUCUUAUGCUAAUUAGCUGCAACUUAGUCCAAAGAAGAGGAAUUGAUGAAAAAUGCGGGUUUUUUUGUUAGUUGCUGCCUGUCACCAAAGGGUUAAUAAAGUUACUGAACUUUGUUAAUUGGGCUCCUAGAAAUGUGGCUCGGGCUCCCUAAAAAUUUUCUUAGGCAGUGCAAAUGGCACAAUAUUGUAAUUUCUAGCUAGUUUAAUUUGGGCAAAAAUGAAAGCCAACCAACAUGUAAAUGCUAGUGAAGAUAAAAUUUAAAAUUUACAAAUUAGUGAGGAGCCUGUCUACGUGCUUGAUGUUCAUUUUGCGUACGAACGUGACACGGUUAGGGGUGGCGAAUGGUAAAAUCCAAGACUCGCCGAGACGCUAAAAGUUAGAAAUCCGAGCCCGAGACUCUUUGGUAAAAAGUUUCGAGACUCAAAAAAGUAAAAACAAACAUGAAAAAACGAGACUUCGAGACUUACCAUAAACACUUCCGAGAUUUCAAGAUUCUGACAAAAUUUUCCGAGAACCACGUUUUUCGAGGUACCAUUUGCCACCCCUACAGUUAUACAGAGGAACUUCUGGGAUAAGUUAAUUUCCUUAAAAAAACUUAAUUAAACAUAUAUGCAGGUCUCAAAGGGACAUUUCUGUUUACGGCAAAAUAAAUCUAGUGAAAUCCCUCGCGCUCUCCAAACUGGUAUUUAUCUGCAGUGUAAUGGAAACUCCAAAACUUUUUGUUGAUGAAGUAAACAAAAUAGUCUUAGAUUUUAUUUGGGGCCACGAACCACCCAAGAUAGAAUACACUACUCUCAUCAAAACAAGGCAAGAGGGAGGCUUAGAGAUGAAAGACUUUGCUUUAUUUAACAAGGCUUUAAGGUUAAAUUGGGUUAAGCGACUUUGCUCAAACUCAGACGCACAGUGGCAGUACAUCCCGAAGUCCCUCCUAGCGAAUGUUGGGGGCCCAGAGCUUUUCAAAUGUAACUAUGACAUCAGUCACCUUAAUCUAAGCAAAUGCCUUCCAGCUUUUUAUCAUGAAAUAAUCACAUGUUGGCAAGACGUAAUAGCUUCCAACCCAAAAAGCAAAAAUGAUGUUCUUGAACAGAUAGUUUGGAAUAACAAGUUUAUUAAGUCUGAUAAGAAAUCUAUGUACUUGUAGCAUUGGCCUUAUGCAGGAAUUCUAAAAAUUAACGACCUCUUUGAUUCACAGCAAAACUGCUUUCCGUCCUUCGACUCUUUUCGUAAUAAAUUUAACGUAAGAUGCGUUUUUUUAUACAGUACUUUUGCCUUGUUAACGCCAUCCCUCAAAGUUGGAAAAAACUCCUUGAUUGCUCCCUCGAACAAAGCUCAACACCGCCAAUAUUAAUAGAGGAAAUGACUUGCAAAAAAAUUUAUACUAAGCUGCUGUCUCUUUGAUCAAAGCCUCCGUCGACUUUUGAGAAAAGAUUCUUAAAUUUUGGCUACUAGAAGGAUGAUUUGAGAAAAUUAUAUCUAUUGCCUUUUGAAGUAACAAAAGAAGUAAAGCUUUCAAUGUUCCAGUACAAAAUUAUUAACAAUAUUCUGUGCACUAAGAGCCUAUUAUUUAAAAUGAAGAAAGACGACUUCCCAUGCUGCCCUUUUUGUCCUGCAGAUCACACCAUCAUUUAUCUUUUCACUGAGUGCGGGCAAGCCACUUUGUUCUGGAAGGAGAUUCUGGAUUGGGCCUCGUGCAUGGUGAACUCAAAAUUAUCGCCUUCAAUAAAAGAAAUUAUGUUUGGCAUUAUUAAUAACGAUUCUAAAUUCUGUUUAGCCCUCAAUCAUUAGUCAUUUUAGGAAAGUAUUUUCUUUACGUAAAAGCUCUUAACAGUAAAUUUUACAUCUUUAAUGAAUUUGUUUCCCUAGCUCGUGAUAAAAUUAGUCUAGAAAAAGAUAUUUCUUGUACGACUGGUCGCGAAAAAGAUUUCAGAAAUAAAUGGUCUGUUUUUUCGUCUCUUUUAAAUAUGGUAUGAAAUUCUGUUUACUUAACUGAUUGCACUCCCAUUUAAUUUUAGUUACCACUAAUGUUUUUAUUGUGUUAGGUUUCUUUUUUGUCAGCUUCAAGUUGUAGUUUUCGUUUUGUUGCAGAUUGUCUUUUGUCAAUGUUAACUGUUUGUGUGUAUGUUCAAUAAAGUUGUAUUGGAAAUGAAAAAAAAAAGUAAAUGCUCGUGUGAUUUGAUUCAGACUGUCUUAUUGUCAUUUUGAGACGUCCUUGUUUUUCCAGUGCCCUCCAAAGUGGUAAUAAUAGUAAUAGACUUUAAUGAUAUGUUCUUGCUGACAUAAAUAUGUUUUGGGCCUUUCUCAGAGCUCAUUUUAACCGUUGCUCAGUGGCUCGGGCUAAGAUGAGUCUGAGUCGGGCCCAAAACAAUUAUUUAUACCACUUAACAUAAACUCUAUUAUUUUAUUGCCCCUGCAAAGAUUUCGCGCAGAAGGAGAAAUCCCGAGGAGGCAUCCUAGCUAGUAGCUUGUAAUUUUGUGUAUAUAUGAAAAGUACUUACAGUUGAAAUAUGCUGUCAGUAUGCCAGAAAAAAUCUUGAUUUGCUUGAUUAUAGGGGCUGCGUGGAAUUGUUGGGUAAUGAGGACAUUUCUAUUGUUCAUGCCUGCAAGUAUUAAAGAGAUGGUUAGGACGACGUAAAACAGAAAAUACCCGAAGGGACCGCUUAGGUUGUUUUUGUGACACAUAUUUCGAUACUCUUUUGCAUUACAUCUGUUCAGUGACAUUAUGUGGAACAGCUGUUUUGAAAGUUAUGGACCAAAAGACACUCGUUAAGCAUGGAUGAAGUUACAAGGGGUGUAUGACUGUAUAUAAAUAAACACUUGGAGAAUUUGCCAGACACAAGUGUGUCAGUCACAAAUCCCAGACUGGAAACGAUUUGCCAGGCACCUCUCUUUGGGGGAGUAAGACUCAGUCUAAGCAAGUUUUCCUAUGCAAUCGAGCCUGUGGUCAAUCAAUGGCUAGCUUAUCACUGGGGGAGCAAUUGGACGAUUGCAGAAAUUCACAGAUCAAUGCUGUGCUGAUGUAUUGAUCCUGUGCACAGAUGUCCUUCAAGAAAGUUUUUUCUUGAAGUAUUAAUUGUCUUAAUAGUUAAAAAAAAAAUGGCUAGAACAUGUGAGGAUGAAUUAAUCAAACCUUUUAAUUUCUAAGGCUUUUAUACUUUCUGGCUAAUAAAAUUAACUGUAUUUAAAAAGUGAAAGAGAAGUAGAGAAAAAUCAUACCACUUUUAAUCAAUCUCGAAACUGAAAAUGUUUUGAUCAAAGCUGUGUAAAUCAACUUGAAUCAGUCGUGGAACCUUGCGUUUCCUGGUAUUUUGUAUAUAUGAAUCAAUAUGAAUUGGUGUAAUUCAAAGAGCUUAAUUCGUGAAGAGCAAGUCAAAUACUAUUGACCAACAACAUCUGUAUGUGAGAACAAUGGCUGCUACCUCAUUUUCUCAUGGGAUUCUUGCUAUUUUCUCUUUUCGUUUGAUGGAAUUUGCUGUGUUAUUGUUUAAAUGCUAAUAAUUAACCUUAAUAGACUAUUUAGCUGUCUUUUGAUUCCUGUGGGGCUCCAUGGUUGUUUUUUUUUCCAAGAGGAGGAAGUAAGAAGGUGCCAGUUCAAAGCAGUAAAAGGAGUACAGCAGCGACUAUGUCAUAUUUAUUAACCAUACUUGAAUAGGUAGCCUGUCUGUAAGGGAAGGUUUAUAUUUGUGUUUCAGGUUUUUCCUCAGCUAGUUUUCCUUUUUUAUCUUAUUGUUCAUGAUCAUUUGCUGCAAAAUCAUUAAUCAAAGUAUGGUAUUGGCCAUAUAUUUUGAACAUUAUACUUUUUAAUAAUUCACAGGUUGCUACCAGGACAACAGCAGUCCCAGUCUCUCCACCCAGAUCAACAGGUUUUAUUACACAAUUUUUUGUAAGGGUAAUAUAAUAUAUGGGGAAGGUACUACACAGGAAAGUGCUUCUUGGAUAUGGGCCUAUUGAGUACACAGCCUGUCAGCAUUUUAUUAGUGCAAUUCCAGUAUUCCAAUAAACAGAAAGGAAUGCACCAUGUAAAUUUUAUUAUAAAACCCUGUAAUUGCCCCCACAGGGAUUUCACCCAAAAGGCGAAAUCCUGAGGAGGCGUCUUGGUAGCUCGCACAUAUGUAGAAAAGUACUUAAUCAUGUUUCUACUGUUCACACCACAACUAGGAAAUGGUUAGGAUGAUGUAAAACAAAAUAUGCCACAGAAGGGACUGCGUUAUGUUGAUUUUGUGACACUUAUUGUACAGUCAUAUUUCGAUACUCUUUUGUGUUACGUGUGUUCAGUGACAUUCUGUGGAGCAGCUGUUUUGAAAGUACAGGGUACGGUUUUUGACUCCUCUGUCCUAACAGAGUAACUAUGUAAUUUUGUGCGAGUCUGUUAAAAAGUAUAUCCUGCAGGAUUGAUUUGAUUUCCUAGAUGAAUUUUGUAUACAAAAACAAUGAUUAAAACGUGAAUUUGCUCUUUUGCAAUUGCCAAAUAUAAAUGGCUUUAAAAACAGGACUGUGUGCAUUUUGUUCUUUGUUCAAACGAUGGUAAUAACAUUAAGGGUGUUGUCCUAAACAGGGUAUGUAUUUUAGAAUUUUUUUGUCCUAAACAGGGUCUGGUUUUCACGUUGACUAUUCCCUGCCAGCCCCCCUCACCCCCCCACCCCAGGCCUGACUCAGUGCAUCGUACCUUGCAUUUCCUGUUAUGUGAGAAAUGUGUGAAAGUCUUCAAUUAUAAAAUUCGGUAUAUUUCAAAGAGCUACACAGAAACCAAGAAUACUGUUGAACGAGGGGGGCAGCUGUAGUGUCAACUGUCACUAGUUUGAAAAAACCUGAAGCUUCUUAGCAGGCAAGUUCAGAAUUUUUUUUUCUUCAGGUAUUUUCCCAGCUAUGCCAAUUCAUCUUACACACCUUGCUGAUGCAGAGCACAUCCUUCAAGAUGUUCAAAAUCGCAGAGAAAAUCUUGAGAGGAAUUUUGAGGCAGUAACACGACAGAGAGAGGAACAAGGUUUAUAUCACCUGGUGGAUAACAUGUCCUUACUGACUGGGUAAUUAAUAUGUAACAACGAUUUUUUAAUAGAGUCAGAAAUAAAUGAGAAGUCAGGAGUCAUGUGGCUAAUAUCAAAUGAAUUUUGUUAGAAUUCUCUCUUAUGUUGUUUAAUUGGAUGUUUUUAGUGAGUUUGGUGAUAUGCUGAGAAUACGAAGAGAAGUAGAUAAAAAAAUAGAAGAAAUCACUGGUCUAGUGCAGGUACAUCUUGAUCUAGUGUGUCAUUUUGUAGUGAAUUGCUUGCAGUUUGAUUGUUGUUUUAAUAACUAAUGAAAAAAAUUAACAGGCUGAAGUAUUGUUUGUCUUAGAGAGAAAUAGAUCAAGAGACUUCUAGUUUAGUAGAGGUUGUUAAGGAAAACUCAAAUCAAAACCAACAGUCACUUCUUGGAAAAAAGACGUUAAAGAAACCAACAGGCAAGGAAAAUCUGCCUGAGAAGAAACUCACGAGCAAAGAAAAUUUGUCAGUGAAAAAGGAUGUCAAGAGAAACAAGGUGACCAACUUAACUAUCUAAUUGUUUUAAAGUUCAAUGAUAUCAGUAAACCUUCACGUGCGACCACUUCCAGUAAGUGACCACCUCACAUAAGCUAUCACCUAUUCAAAACACCAAAUGAAUAAAUUAUUUCCAGUUAAAGCCCUAUUGUUGGAAACCUCUUUUUUGAAAGUGGUCAUGAUCCCUGGUAAAGGACCAUAACCUCUUUUGGGAUAAGAUCAGUUUCCACUGUUUUUAACCUCUUGUCAGCAACCACUUGGUUUAUGGUCUAAUCUCUUUAUUUGCUGUAAUUACUACACUGUUAGCUACUCACAGUAUGGCAAAAACUUUUAGCGACAACGUGGAACUACACAUAUCCUGUAUCAACCUUGAAAGCAUCCACUAAUUUUAAAAAUAUUCGCAUUUUGGGUGGUCAGUUAUGGGAGUUUGACUGUAUCUUAUGGUCCAUACAUCUUUCCAUCUCCUCUGUUUGCUAAUAUCCAUUCAGUCAAUUCCUAGAUACUCAUUCUCUUGCAAGAAAGGAGGAUACUGGAUACUGGAUAAAACUGGGCAAUUUUUCUUUUAAAAUUAAAAUUUAUCUUUUUAAAAUAAAUAAUAAUUUUGUAGUCCACAAAGACUCAAGUGUUUUCAAACCGUGCUGCAUCAGUAACUCCAACACAGAAACAAGUGUACCUGUCAAGUGUUUAUGGCCGCCAACCCUAUCAUCCACAAAGAACAACCUCCAAAGCACCAUACCUACAUUACCAGUCUCCUGUGAACCCCAAAACAGCUGCUAUCAUGGCUGGACUCAAACCAGGUUGUGAGAGAGGAACAGUGUUAAGUAAACCAUUUUCACAGGAUCUAACACUGGUGUCAGAAAAAGAAAAAGAAGUUGCAAAACCGAGAAAGAACAAGGUGGAAGCUGCUAAACCUCAUAGUAAUCCUUAUGGCACAGAUAAACCAAAGUAUUAUUUUCAACCCCAAGUUGCUGCAUCAUACUUUCCUCCUGAUGACGGAAAGGCUAUUACACCUUUAGAAGGACAGUUGGUACCUAUGGCUAUUCCUCUUGGGAAACCUAAAACUGACCCAGCAUUACGACCUUCUAUUCCUACUCAAGAAUCAAAGUAUAUCUCAACUGAAAUAGAAGGUACUGUCAUUGAAUCAAUAAUGAUUUUCUCUUACUUAAUAAUGAUAGAUAUUAUUAAUUUGAAUUUAAUUUUUCCUCUUUGUCUGUAUUGCCUAAACUUGGUUUCAAGCAUGAACUAUAAAUAUAUUACCGGUAUUCACUUUGUCUUUUUGGGAUGUACAUGCAAUACAGUUAAAAUCCACGUAUAAGAACCUAUUAGGCUAAAAUUUUCAUUUUAAACCUUUUCGUAAUGUAAGAACCUAUUUAGCCUAAGACUUUCAAGGGGUUCUUAUUUUACAAAAAUUAAGGCACAGAUGAAAAUACAGAAAAAAAAUUCUAGUCAAGGUUUCAAUCAGUAAGAUUCAAAGAAUGAACUUAAAUGAAAACCAUAUCUUGUCUUUGCCAACACAGCAUUUUAUGAACACUGCAGCAUGAAAGAUAUGCAUUCUAGUACUUUGGAAGGUACAUUUACUGUAUGGUUAUCAUCUAAACUGUAUUCUAUAUAAUUAUUUAAUACUGUACAAAAUAUUUCAUAUCACGUAUGCCCUGUAGUGGUUAUCUGUGCUGAUCAUUAGUGCCCCUAUCAAAUUAAGAACCUAAUAUAAGUAGCCUAAAAUCCCACUAAACACCAUUUCUAUAAGGUCCUAUUUAGCCUAAUUUGGAAAAAUCUAGGUUUUUAUACGCUUGUUUUUACUUUAGUGCAUUUAAAAUACUUAUGAAGGUGAUCAUAUUUUCUUUCUUGAAAUCCAUAGUUAAAGCUGACAGCCCCUCCCCUAACGAUACCAUGGUAUCUGAUGUCUAUGACACCAAGACGACACCAGUCCCUAGUCCUGUGAGGCCUUUUAAGCCUGCGUGGCCAAAUGUUGCAGUGAUCACCAUGUAUGAAAAAGAACCGGUGCCAGGCACAACACAUCAAAACAAACAACAUGUUAAGAAGUUAUCCCAGAAGAAGAAGAAAAAAAAACAGCUGGAAGUACAGGUACAUUUGAAUUAAAGUAGCUUGCCAAUUUCUUUUCUUUAGGUAACAGCUUCUGAUUGAAUUAAUAAUUAUUGUUAGUGUGAAAAAUUAAUCCAUAACAAAGUUUGAAGAAGGGUUCAACUUGCUAGUUGUUGAAGUUCCAGUUAAUUGUAAGUCAUGGUGGAAAACUGGGUGAUCAUUGUCAUGGGCGAUCAUUGUUUGGACAAAAAUCGUCAAUAGAUAAUAUCAUUGCAAAUACUUGAAUGGAAUGCAGCGACCGAAUCAACACAUACGGAAUACUUUAAAUCUAAACCAUAGUAUUUUGUGCGAUAGUUUAAUUCUGCAAGUUCUUUUACUUCUUCCUGCAGGUCCUACCCACAGUGGAUAUUGACAGUUUUUCAGACACAGUGUCCUCUUCACCAAGUUCCCCACUUAUUAAAGUAAGUUACUUCCAUUAAACGUAACAUAAAAUUUGUAGGAUCAUGAUUAUCUGUCUAUGUCGGAAAACUUCUUUCUAAACAUUGGUUAAAGGAUUUACAUUUUACACCCUAGAUCAAUUCUCUAGCUUGAUGAAAUAAAACCCACGUGAACGUGUGCACAUUAUUUCAUCCCUUAAAAAAUACACUUUUUAUUUCUUGAUGAAAAUUUUGCCUUUUGUAGAUAUCCAUCAAAUGUAAAAACAUUGACCUUUCAAUGAAUGAAGAAUGUUUUCCAUGUGUUUUAGUAUAACAAGGCAGUUUUAUGUAUUGCAGGACUGCAUUCCUGAACCUGUUUCUCGUCCUGAUGAUUCCGAGUACCAGGAAUUCCGAACUUUUUUGGCAGUAAAAGAAACUGGGACCCAGGAAAAGAAAGAAGAACAGGUAAGAAAUUGAAAUGAAAUUAAAGUUAUUUGGACAGCAAAAGAAAACUUCUAAAUAAUGAAGCCUUUUGCGGCUCGGCUGUUUGAUGUCUACCUUUAUAGUGGGGUCAAAAUCAAGAUUCAAGAGAUAUUCUAAAUGUAUGUGAAAAAAUUAUUUAUAGGGGGAGACAAAAAAGUCACUUAAAUUCUCAGUCCAAAAUAAUGAUAUUAAGAGAAUAUAAUAAUAAACUUGUACGUAUGAACUGCUAUUUCAGGAAACCAAUUUUUUUUUGCUCCAGGUCUCCAAACGGCAGUAGGCUUUAAGCAUUAGGCCCCCCCCCCCACCCACCCCUCCCGCUAAAUGACAGCAAACAACUGGAGUUUAAAAAGAUAUAUGACAGGUGUCAUUUCUUUCUAGGCUCAGGUUGACACUGAUGACGACUUUCUUAGAAUUCCAACUCCUCAGCAUCCUUUAACACUGGAGGGUGUGACAGGACUUGAGAAUCAGCCAUACAAUGGACCGGCUUUUCCACCUGUUCAUCCCCCAGUUUCUGUGCAGCAAGCAGGUGGAGUUCUUGAAGCUGACACUCGACAAGAAAAGGCCCUGCAGGAAAGAGCUAUGGAAUGGUUAGUCUACACUGUCACAAAAUACAAGCCAUUUAAUUAGUGCAACAGGGGUGAUACUACAGUUCCUCUAGUACGUAGCUAGGUUAACCUUAAAGAGCGAGUCAAUGAAAUUUGAUCACUAUAAUCUUUUCUAAUGGUAGUUUCCACUUUAAGUGGAUUUCUUUAUUGGAUGGCAGGACCCUAAGUAGCCUGACAAAAGGGUAGAAAUUCCAUACUGAUGACGUGUAACUUCCUGAUUUAGGUAGUGCUUCUGAUUAUUCAACGGUGAACCUAUUAGAAGUACUACCCAGAUCUGGGUAGUGACACGUUACCAGUAUGAAAUUUCUUUGCUUGUUCCUCAGACAUCAUUUUGCGGGGAAACUGUUGGUCGCUUUGCGAAAUGUCGGCUGCUUUCUCACGCUAGACCUUCAGAAGGUUUUACCCUAUUAUUGAUGCAUGUCACUUAUAAACGUUUGGAUAAUACCUUUUUGUUGUUAGGGUUGAGCAAGAACUCUUGGCCCGCAUUGUGAGUGAAAUGAACCAACCAGUGCCUGACCCCACAGCCCUGACAAUUCUUCAGACUACCCCCGAAAGUAACACUGAACCUGAUUCUGAAAGUGACGAUGCUGAUAUGCUUUGUGAGUUGUUGAUUGUCAUUGUUUUUUCUAACAACCUACAAAUAAAUGAUUCCAUCAAAUAACUUAUUUUAAAGUAAUGAAAAUCAGUUCUAGCAAGGGAAGUGUUUAGACCUUGGUCACGUUCCAAUUAGCUUAUUUCUUCUUUCGGUUUUAGCUGCCACGAUAGGCUUGGGUGGAGUUCAGUUGUUUGUUGACGCAGGAAUACCAGUGGACCGAGACCUUGUCUCUAAUUUGAUCCGGGAAGUAAUUGCAGAAAACAUUUCUACAAUUCUUGGACACCCCAGACCAAAAGCCAUGCCUCUCUCUUCUAAAGUAAGUAAAAUUAAACAUUUUCAUUUUCAUUUUCAUCUUCGUGUAUUUUUUCUUUAAGAAGUUUAUAAUGAAACUGGUGUUGCUUUAAGUAUCAUAAAUGCACAAAUUAACGCCCUUUUUCGAGUAAGCCCCCCCCUUCCUUCCUACACAAAGAUUUCUGUUUAUUUUUACAGAUGCGUUUCAGUUGACUAUUACAGUUUGUGUUACGGUUGUUAUGUUAAGGCCGAAAUUUGAAAAACAAAAUAAGCGCCCCCUUAAAAUAAGCACCCUCCUCUUGACUCAGAAAAUGAAUUAAGCGCGCCCGAGCACUAACUCGAGCAUUUACGGUUUCUCUUUUCUCAUUUAACUUGAUUACUAUUAUUGUUAUUAUUAUUGUAAUUAUUGUCGGGAAAUUGGAACGGAAAAUUUAUAUCUCGCCUCAUGGAUCAGAACCUUAACCGUAUUAUUAAAAUCAGCGCAUUUACGUUUAUGCCAUGCACUGGGACUUUUGACUUGAUUUUUUAUAACUCUAUGUGAUUUCUUUGAAUUAUGAAGGGGUUUUGCCGGAAGUUUGUAUUGAUAUGGGCGUUUUCUUUUUAUUAAUAUUUUACUGAAGUUUUGUGUGUAGUUUUUAUAAGAUUUUGAUAAAGUAUUUUUCCAUUAUUAUUAUUACUUGUGGGCGGUUUACAAACUGAAAUUAACAUACUAUAGCUAACUACUAAACAAAGGGAUGAUUACAAUUAAUUAUAAUACCAUUUAACUUGAUUGUCAAUACCCGCAAAUAGCGCAGGCUAAUUGCGGCGAGCAUUGACAUCAAGUCAUAAAAAGCCUAGAAUAAGUUAUAAGUCAAAGUGUCUUUAAAGCACUCAAGACGGCGGAGCUAAAUUCAAACAUGCAUCAUGCUAGCUCACUGCUGACCAUUGAAAGCAUAUGCUGACUAUCCAGUGCUUUAUCUCACAGGAGGAAGAAGAGCAUUCACGCACCCCUUCCCACAGGGAAACACCACUUUCCACCCCCACCCCAACCCCGGAAUACACACCUCCAGAAUCAGAGGAAAGUGCUCAUGACUCACCAGUGAUUGCAACGCCUAUACGCACUCCCACCCCCUCAGUAUCAAGUGAAGAGCCUACCCUGUCAGGUAGCGGUGAUGAAGAAAAAGUAUUUGAACCUAUCAGGGGAGAGCAGAAUAAAGAGGAGGAGACUGGUGAACAGGUUUGUUACCUUUUUGGAAAAAGAAGGCUUCCGUUGCAGUGCAGGUUAAUUAGGUUUAGUUCCUAUCCUCUCACUGCAGGUAUCUGAAGCAAAAACUCCGAUAUGCACCCCAGUCGCAACACCACCUCGUGCUCAGUCUCCUCCCGCGAGUAUAUCCACACCUGAGCCGUCAAUACAAGAGGCAGAGGUACAUGUUGUAUCUCAAGAUACACUGGUUCCCACUCCUACUCCUUCAAUUUCAGUGAAAACGCCAACGCCGGAGCCUGAACCCGAACCUGAUCCUGAGCUGAGCGUGUAAGUACCAGAAGUGUUUAAUCACAUCCUUGUUGAAACUUUUUUACUCGACGACUAAAGUUAAAUGAUUUGCGUGAGGCUGUUUAAAGUUUAACAAUGAGGCUGUGAUGUAAGGUAAGUGAAGUUAGGCAUGCGCGCUUUCCCGGACAGCACGCCCAACUACAUCUUCCCAAUACCAACAAGAGUCAGGCUAGUAAAAUUUUUCCAAUUUUUUUAACCUGGUCAUGCUCAGUUUUUUUCUUAAUUCUGUUGUUAUAUCCUUUUGUUAUAACCUGUAAUAUGCCGCUGAAUUAUACAUGAAAGAGAACGUGAGUUCAUUUCAAACACGGUCAGCUGAGUGCUUAUUUAAAUUUGGGUGCUCAAGGUUGCGAGUGGGGAUCCCCGCAUUCCUGUAUAUUGACCGUAACAGUUGAGGGUGAUUAUCGUAAGAAUUUGGGAGGCAAAUGCCCUUUUUCUGUAGUUUUGGUUUUGUAUGUUAACAGGCGAUCUAGCUGUGCUGGUUUCUGAUUUUUAAUUAUAAUAAACUGUGUUUUUUCUAUUUUUUCCGAACAACGCUUCAGAGUUGAGGAACCCAGUCAACCUAAAGAACCCUCAAUUAGCCAAAAGAAACAAACACCACCCAAGUCCGCCAAACCGUCGGUCAGCAGUCCAUCCAGCUUGUCAUCUACCACCCUUGGAACAACGACAAUAACUACUGAGGAGGAGAUGUCUGAAGGAGAAAUGAUACAGGUAAAAGUCCCCCCCCCCCCCUCUCAUCCCAUGUUAUUAUUGUUGGAUAGUUUCUCAACUAAAGUAACUUUUGUCAGUCUUAAAAGCAAAGCGUUUAGCACAGGGACCGCGGAGCAAGGUGAAAAGUGGGAGGGCUGACAAUUGAAAAUGAUUUUUUCAUAUUGAAAAUCGAAGAAAGGAAUAAAAUCAUAGUAUUUGGUUUGUUUCUGUCGCGUGACUUUGCAUACUUUAUCCAGUAUUUUUUGCUCUUUAUAGGUCGGCAUUAGUGAAGAUACCGAAAUUCUUCAUACGAUUUUCAUUCCGUCCAGUAAAUGUGUAUACUAAAUUAUAGGAUUGCUGACAAUAGGUAGAAUAUUAUAAAUAGAAUAAAUAUAUAACCCAUCACCAAAAAUCCAAUUACACUUAACGAAUAUUAGUCAGAAACAACUCGCACUUCCAAAAAAUGAAACUUUUAACAAUAUAUUGAAAUGUUUACUGGUCAAACUCAAACUCACCAUUUUCACUGCAAGUAGUUGUCGUCUUUUCUGCAGAGCUUACAGACUUUGACGAAGUCCCAGCUAACUCUAAUAAACGACCAACAUACACGGUCAGUUCAGAUUCAAUGCAAGAAAAGACGCGAUUACAAUUUUAGUAUAGAAAAUACUACACUGAAAGGAUCUGAAAAAUUUCUUACUAUGGCCGUUCACUGUUCAAGUGAUGUAAUUCUUCUUGCCAUCGAAUAUUUCAUUGAUUCAAAAGGAGAAAGACAAAAUAUAAAACUUUUAUCAACUCAAAACAACUACUCACCUUCGUUUGGCUUGAAAAAGCUAGUAAUAUUCUUCAUUUCGUCUGAUAAAACUGAUAAAAAAACUCUGCCGGAGCUGGAAGUACAAAACACGCUGCCGAACGAAGCGAAGCCCGUUGGCCAAGGCAUGGCGUGUGAUCAAGGGGCAAGUCGGCCCCAGGGCACAAUUACGGCGAAAAGUACAAGAGCCCCACAAAAUGCCUGGCGUUUGAAAUUAAAGAAAAUGCAGAGAAUAUAGCGGAAUACAGACGGAAAAAAACAUGUUUCAAGUCCUUUUUUUAAUUUUAAUUAUUUUUCUUUUCAGCGCAAAAAGUGGGGGCGGGGGCGCAAAAAAGUGGUGGGGCCGCGGCCCUACCAGCCCCUCCCCCUCCGCGGUCCCUGUAGCACAUCUUCCGUUGCUAUAGAGCUUGAAGCAUCUCAGUCUAUUUAAAAUUAAACCAGCACCUUGAAGAGGAGCCAAUCACAGUAAGAGUCAUAGCCUGCGUAGCAAGCGUUUCCAAUCGAGUUAUUGCGCGAAAGUUAGAGCGGAAGCAAAAAAAAAGGUUGAAGGGGGAGGGGGAGGGGAGAAGAGGAAACGCUUGCCGCAAACCGAUAAAAGAAAAGUUAAAACCAUUGAUGCGGAAUUUCUUGUUUUUUAUUGUGUGGCUUUAUCUCGUCUGAAACCUUUCGACACGUCAAGAACAAUUCACUCCGUCGGGUAUAAGUUUUGCAGAGCGGCUGCUUUUCAGCCUGUGUCGAAACGUUCUCUAAAAUAGAUGCCGCUAAAUUUCCAAUAAACAAAAAGAAUCUUUUCAUUUCAAAAAGCUGACAAAUCGCUUGUCCAUGGCGGCUUUAGCUAGUGUCGAGUACCGAUGUUCUGAUUUAUGUUGAUGUUGUCUCCAACAAACAGUCCAUUUUUUUCAGUCAGAUCCGCACGCCGUGAUUCUCAAUAAAUUGGACUUCCCUAGUCUCCACUGCUCGAUUAUACUUUGAAGACUCUGAUCUCAUAAACCUUCGCACAAACACGAUUCCAAUAAAUAUCAGUCCAAAGCAUUUGUAAUCUGCGACCACAAAUCAGAUGAGACCUGAUCUGUGACGCACGAAAACAAAGCAUACCUGGUUUGAUUGAUGUUUCGAAUGCUAAGUAAUCAACACCACCCGCACCGCGCCAAUCAGAAGCUGCGUUCGUGGGCGAACGCAGUUUUUCAAAAUCGUGGGGUUUUCGGGCAAGCGGUUCCUUCUUUCCCCUCCCCCUCCCCCGUCAUUCAUUUUUUUUUUGCUCUUCUCCCAGCUUUCUAGACGAACCUCGCGAGGAAACGCUUGCUACGCAGGCUAUAAGAGUCACUGCGCGUUAUAUGUUCAGUCUACUUUAGACUUCUGUUCUUUGGGAAAAUGUUUUGUGUUCUUUACUUCUCGAAUCGCUUCCUUCGUUUGAUUUCUCCAACUCGAAGAUGAAAUUGAACAACAUUCGGUUAAACCAGUUUAUUAUACGUUGUAAUCACUAUCUGCCUUCUCACUGGCUAGGAGCCUCCACAGGUUAAUCAGAUCUGCUAACCAGGACUUCCAAGGUCUUUUUUUUUUUUUUCUUUUUUCCCGAAAAACAAUAAACUGUUCCCCGUGCGUGCGGCAGUGCGUUUGUCGUUAUUUUCUUCUAAACCUUUAUUACAUUCAGUUUUUUUUUAUGUCCAGAUCAACUGAAACAAGUUAUCUGCUGAUAGCACUGCGUGACCUAAAUUAUUUAAUUAUUCGACAUGUAACAAAAGCACGUCGUCCAAUAAUUGUGUAGUGAGAGCCUCUUAUUAUUCAGGGGUAUUGUCUCAAAGUUUCAUUUUCACGUGAACAGCAGUAACUAACAGUGCAUUUGACAUAUGCAAAACUGCUAGCUAUUGUUAUGCAUGAAAAUAUGAAACUUGGAGACAAUACCCUGAAUAAUGAGAGGCUCUCACUUGUAAACACAAAAUUUUUGACAAAAUUUUAGCGAAUUCAAGCCCUUAUUUUACUGCCUUACAAUAUAUCAAUAAUCUUGAAACUAAGAGGUCAUAUAAAAGGAGGGUUAAUCUCCAGAUUCUUAAAUUUUGUAAAAAAUUUAUCGAGUGGUUUAAAAAUUAUUCGCUAAUUUGUUAAAGUAGACCGAAAUGUUUACAUCACGGCUAACAAGAGCGCCUUAAUACAUACUAAUCAAAUCCUCCUUUCUAGCAAUCGGCUGGAGGUAUCUCCAUGAUCUUUCACACACGUUUUUAAAAAGAUUGAAACUGCUAUGAGGUGAAAUUGCAUGUCAAAAGCGCUUCGUUUAGUACAGAUAACAGUCGAACAUCAAGAUUGUCAAUUUUUUACCGUAUUUCUAACCAAAAAAACUUCAUCUCAAAAUAUCUCGAUAACACUCUUACAGAUUUCGCUUAAACUUCACGAACAUCGAGGCAGCUAUCGUAGGUAAAAGCUCCAGUAAACGAUUUUGGAAGAACAGUUCCCAGUGCCGAGAAAUACUGCUGCAAGUAAAAUAGGUAAUGGCGUCAUUUCGUUGCUAUGACAACUCCGAUGUCAUUGCAACCCUGAUCAUAACCAAUUUUCUUCUUUAUCUAAUACAACUGUGGUGUCAAUUUUUCCAAAUCCUUGUUUAUGGCGACGCAGUUUACGCUCAAACUUGGGAGGUAUUGAUCUUGAAAAACUAUAUCGAGCCACCUUAAUGGGGCCUUAAAUUACGUGGAUAUAUAUUUUGAAGUCAUGUUUAUGCAAUUAAGUGCGUUAAGAAAGCUAAUUUUUGGUGUACACAGCGUACAAGAAAUGUUCUUUCGACUUGCAAAAAAAUUCGGUCAAAAGUUUGAAUUUUAAAACCAAAGUUAUAGAUAAUGUUCCAAAGUAAGUUUUGCAUAGAAUGUCCUUGGUCGGGCCAGUGGACGAUACAUAAACCAGCCAAAUAGUGAUUGAAAAGGGAAAGCCUUAGAAAGUUCAGUUUUCUUUUCGUGUAGUUGUUAGUAAAUUAAGAUUCAUGAAUUGAAGUGAGGAUCUUUCAUCUUUGAGUCACAUUUUAAGUAAAGCACUUUCAAUGAUAGGAGUAAAUAAUCAAAUCCGUGUGCUGAUUGCAGCCUUCAAGUUAAAUGUAUUGCUUGAGAUUUUCCCAAUAGCAAUGCACUUUAUUUAUUAAGUAAUGAUAUAAAAGGCUAUAAUGAUGAAGCUUAUAUCCGUCCGAUUGGUUUCAUUAGGGAGAGGAAAAUGAAAACAUUACUCUGCACGUGCUUUAUGACGCACGCUUUUCGGUCGGAUUACUUUGCUGCCGCGGCACGACUAUAAGACAUAAAAUUUCCUGAUGGGAAGUUUUUCGAAUUUCUUGAGGACGUAAACAAGCGACGACAAAUUUUUCUUUCUUUCUAAAGUGAAUUGAAUUUUUUUAAAAUGGUGGCGAUUUCGCAGAAGUCGCAUCGUAACUGCACGACACACAUUGGCACAGAAACGAAAAUAAUUUUUUCAAGAGACAAAAAUUUAGCUUUUUAAACAGAAAUCUCAUUUUGGUUUGGAAGUUUAAAGGAUGCCUAUAGAAAAUAUACAGGCAUUUAGAUCAGAUGGUGCUUGGAACGUUUCGUUUUGCGCACUUUUGAUGCCGACUUACAAAGUCACCAAAGUUACCGGACCAAGGAACCACUGGCCGGACCAGGGGACUUCAAACGGAGCAGUCGUUUUCGAUGAUGCAGGAUUUUCGGCAAAGCUCAGAAGCUGUCGGUUCGUCUCAAGUUAGUACAAUAUUACGGCAACUUACAGGACAAAUUUCAGCUCACUACUCUUCCUCUAACAUACGAAAUACUCAUUUACGUCUUUUUCGUCCGGACCAAGGACCACAUUUACUGUGCUUCGCGUUUUUUGUUCAUUUCCUACGAACUCUGCUAUGAACUAAAAUAUCCUUAGUGUGACUAUGAAUACUUGUUUGUUUUCGUUAUAAAGCCAUAUGCACACGCGGGAAUCUACAGUGAAGGAGAGUUUGCUAUUUCGCCCAGUAUUGUUAAAAUGGCAGUGCAGAGAAAACUACCUUUGCAAGGAGACUGGGACUUGACAAUUUUAGGACAAGACCAAGGUAAGGCAGGAACAGUUUUGAGAUGACUUGCGAUGCAAACUGUUACCCACCCUUCCCUUGUUAUAAAACUGACGAAGAGCUAGCACUCCAAACGUCAGCUUUUCUAUCCUUUUACGGUGAUAAAUUGACCCGAUCAACUUAGUUCAAUGAUUGUUGCUCCUGAAAAUAUGUCGUAACCGUUCGUCACGGUAGGAUACAGAAACGUCUAUAGUCAUUGUUUACAUUUUUGACCAUUCGCCUUAGAGAUAACCCAAAGGAUGUAGCCAUAAAGGAUGUUGCCACAUAUUGAAAUUAGGUCCAAACGUUGAGAGAGCUGGCUUAUGAGGCAAAAAAUGUAAACAAAGGUUCGCCUAUCAUAAUCUGGUGCUUGAAGCAGGCAGCCUCAAUUCAUGCAACUUGAUAGCGGACCAUCCAAUCAUGUCUAACCAAUAAUGACUCUCCGUCCUCAGAUAGUCGUAACGAACGUGUAAGAAAAGCAGUGAAAGGAUUGUUACAACCAGGAGAUGGUGGGAGAAGACGUGACCAUGGUGACAGUAGCAGCAGUGUCAGUGAUUCCCCGUAUCAUGCCAGCUCUGCCAGCACUUUGAGAGACACUGAGGAUAUUAAAGAGGUUGAGUGCAAAACGUUCUUGUUUCGUUCUCUUUUCAAGUGUUAGAGAAGAAGGGUUAGUAAUUAUCUGUUUCAUUCCUAGGACUCCAUCACCGACUUUAGUGACAGAGAACCAGGCGAAAUACGAUCCGCUCGGGAUCCAAUGGCUGUACUUUUGAGCCACAUUCAGAAUUUUAAUCGGCCGCCGGCGGCGGACAACAGCGCCAGUGAAGGAGAGUUGUUACCAGAGCAUCAGCACAUGCCUUAUCAAGGUCAAAAAAACGGCGGUGAAAGGGAGCCUGGUGAAAUAGGUUAGUAUUUAAAAAGGAUAACUGCUACAAAUAAUUUGUACAGAUAAACACCUUGUUCCUUAGAACUAUGCUUUUCUCUCUGGGUAAACAGAGAGAAGGAUCCGCAGCGAAAUGUAAGCCUGGGAAAACAGCCGACGCUACCGGCCAUUGGUUUCCCCGCGAAAUGACGUCUGAGGAACAAGCGCGGUUUUGCUACCCAGAUCCAGGUAUUUGUUAGCUUAUGUUCUUUUCACUCGAAUUUGUCUUUUUCAUUUUCAGUCCCUGGGAAUCUCUCUCCAGGUGAGGUAGCUUCAUGGGAGCCUCCAGGUGCAAUGAAAAUGUCUUCUGCUCCUUUUCCCGGCGAAUUGCAAGCGGUUGACCGGCCUGUGGGUUUAACAAAGACCAAUAGCACAAUCGCACAAAUCGACGCUCACAAAACAUUUGACGGAGCGCCGAAUCACGACGACCGCUCUCUUCACGCCUCCGACCUACUUCCGGGAACGUUUGGCACAGAGUUAUCAUCUUUCACUAGUGCAAAACAACAGCAACAGCACCCAAAACCGGGAGCCAUUCUCGUUGAAAGAAGCGAAGGUGAACUAUCAGGAGAGGCGAGUUUUCAAAACACUUACUCAGUUGAAAAGCGCGAAGGAGCGUUAGUAUUUAAUGUCGCUAGUAAGGAGAAAGAGCCAGAAACAAGCGAACAAAACAGAAUGUACAUCCGGGAAGAAAGUAGUGGGGCUGCUAAACAAGAACAAGAAGGAAAUGAGCCUCAACAUAAAAUAAGUGUGACAUUACCAUCUGUUGAUAACUACAGUGUAAAUGACGAGAGCUCGCUAGUAAGUGAUGCCGGCGGCGGUCAUCUUUCUGUUGAUCAGGAUACGUUUGGUGACGUAUCAUCAAUUUCUGGCGGAGAUUUUUGAAAUAAAAGUUGAUAGCAUA